GGCAGUUUCGAGGAAGUGACGGACGGGACUCGGGGGCCUGGUCAGAGGAAGUUUGCUCGGUGAUGGUACCGUGCUGCUGAGCGAAACUUUUCCCUCUUGAGCGCAAGCGGCACCGUGGAUCAGGACGCACGGAUCCAGCGGCGGAGGGAGCUUUUGUUUCCUCGGCACACGAGCAACACUGAGGAAUAACUUCAGGUUGGGAGGGGAAAAAAAGGGGGGAUCGCGAAGGAAUUUCACUCCCCUACAACCAAGCCCCCCUUUUUCUUCUUUUUCCCCGCGUCUCCUUUGGAUUUUUCUCUGGGAUUCGCGAUGGGGAAGGAGCAGGAACUUCUUGAAGCGGCGCGGACGGGAAACCUGGCCGCCGUGGAGAAGCUUUUAUCCGGGAAGCGACAGUCGGCUGGCACGGGCAGCGGGUCGUCUGGGACCGGUGGAAGCGGCAACAGCGGCGGGCACGGCGCCUCCUCUCAUCCGCUCUCCAGUCUGCUCAGGUAGGCUGUGGAAAAGGAAACAGGCGGAUAAAACUGAAUGGGAGAAUUUACUUAUAUUGUCAAAUACUCCCAUGUGCCGUUUUAACAUGUGGUCAAAAUGAUUCUGUCUGGCUUCACAGAGUCACAUUUUCUUUAUUUGCUUUGCCAAACAAACACAAUCCAAACCAAACCAGUGUAUUGUAGUGGCAGUGGCAUGCUUCUUUGUUAGCUCCCACUUCUGUGUCCCUGCCAGCUGUACUGUAAUGUGCACAAACAGCCUGGUAGAUAAUCAAUUAUGCAACCUAACUAGAGAAAUCUGCAUCAAAACAGCCCAUGGCCACUUGAAAAAACUAAUACAGAUGCAUUAUUAACUGUUUACAUACAGUCUAGACUUGGACGCUCUCUGGUAGCAGGAGCUGGAAAUGAGGUAGACUCAGUUUGUAGAGGCUUUAGUUCCCAGAUUUUUAACAGUCUGAGAUUAAUGAUACAUCCUGUAUUGGAAAAACUUUGGAAAUGAAAUCUUGGGGGACAUUAAUAAGGGUUUACACAUCAAUGAGAGACCUACUACUAAAUAUUAGAAGUGUUUGCAAAGGUUCCCUUGAGAAAAUUCCCAUUUUUCUACCCUUUUUCAUUAUAUGUUGGUUGUCAUUUUGAGAUAAUAACAAACCGCUAUUGUUUAUCUUUCUUAUUAUUCAGGCCUUUGUGCCACUUGUGCAUAAGCUGGCAUUUAAUGGUGGUCAACAGAAUAGGAUAUGUGUGCCUGAAAAGAUAGUGGAAGAUUCAAGCUUUGGUGUGUGUUUAAAAACAAAAUAAAACAUCCCAACAAAGUGAUUACAGUGUUUUGAAGAUGCAGCUAGGCCCACGCACCAUCCCCUGAGAGUUGCGCACCCAAGGCUGCUGGGUAAUAUUUAAUAAUUUGAUGAAACGUAAUAACAAUCUGAUAAGUUCUGAGUUUCAUUUUGUCCUGCAGAUGUAAUCUGAUUUAUAAGCUCACCACAACACAAUUGUUGAAUGCCCCCGAGAUUAAAGAUGUUGUCCUGAGAUCAUAUGAUGCACUUUUCAUACAGCCGCCCUUUGAGUCGAAAUGAGACGGGGAAGAAAACAAGAGCUUUAAAAAGAUACUCCAUAACACCACUUAGGCUUUGUUUGCCCAUGGGUAUCUGUGAAAUACAGCCUGGAAACCACAAAAAAACUCAAGCGAAAUGCAGCAUAUAAGAUGCGUACCACUUGCCACUCUGUUAACGAAAUGCUGAGUACAUACAGGUGAAGGUCUGUCCAUCAAAAUGUAAUAUUACUCCCCUGGGAGCCCUGUGACAGCCACCUCCCUUGAAGAUACAAGUGUCACGGCGAAGCUCGAGGUGAUGCAUCGCUGUGUUACUUAGCAAAGACUGCAAAAUGUACUCAGGGUAAUUACAUUAAACCCUUCUAAUCGGGAAUCCAAUUCACAGAUGUCAGGCAGUCAUGGCUGGCUCAGGCUCUCCCCUCACAGGUCUGUGGGUGGACUGAAGAGACUGUUGUGUCAUCUACUCUGACUUGAGUAAUCAAUGUUUGGCAACGAUUGCACUGGGAAAAUAUUGGCCGGGCUUUUCAGGAAAUGAAUCAACUGGGGGGUGUAUUAUACUCAAAAAGCCUGUUGCCUCCGGACACCUAAGCUUAUUACCGGACAAGCUGUAAGAUUAUAACAAGGUGCAUGAUUGGUGAGCACAAGGCUGCCUGAGGGAGGUUGACGUUUGAUUUAAUUUGCUGAAUUAAAAUGUCAAUACAGAGGAAUCAAGACAAAUUAGUUAAGUGGGAAAGUUGUCUGUUGAUGAGUUUGCGUCUUUUUUGCCUUUAUCAGAACUGCAGUGGACGUCAUCCAUUGACAGACAGUUCUUGUCUCUUAUCCAGUCAGAGGAGAUCUCGUCUGUCCAUCAAACUUGUCUGAUGUGAGGCCCUCUGCACACCUGAUAACAUGUUUAUUGUACAGAUUAAACCACAUGCUAUGAUCUGACCUAAUAGGCGUUAUUACUAUAGUUUAAAGGUGUGUUGUUGUGUGUUUCCACUAGAUUUCUGGCGUUCUUGCUCUGGAAUGGGGUGCAUGUCAAGACUUGUGGUGUUUUUGUAACCAGGCAGUCUUACAGCUCUCCUCUGCGGAAUGUCUGCUUUCCCAGGAGGCUGCAUCCCAGCGGUUGCCAUGGGAUAGACCCUGACCCCGGCAUGUUGAACACUGCCGCCGCCCCGAACAUUUGUUCCUCGGCGGUGCUCCAUUAACGCUAAAAUGAGCUGGGAAGGGCUUCCUAUAGAAGGAAGGUCAUGGUGUAACUUGAAUAGCCUGCAAUGCAAUGGUGCUUGUUGUUUGGUUGAUGCAGACGUGAGUCGUGUUUGACAGAUGUUUGGUUUUUUGGAGCCGAUAUCAUGAGCAAUAUCAAAAGAGAAAAAGUCAGUGAUUUCAUGUGAUUUGGCGGCUGAUGCAGUGAAAUUAAAGACUUAGCUAAACUUAGUUAAAGCUUCUGUGAGGAACUUUCUGUGGUGAUGUAUGUUGAAAACAUGGAAGUUUUUUAAGCUAUGGGGCUGACACCUUCCUCCUUACAAGAUACAAAUUAGGGCUGAAACGAUUCCUCGAAUACCCCGAGUACAAAUAAUGAUCGAGGAAUUUUCUCUGCCUCGAGUACUCGUUUAUAAGCUCAAAUUGUCACUGUUUUGCACAAAUUCUUUUGAAGGUGACACAAUGCACUUACGUCACCACGGUACAAGGAGGAGUAAGCGCUGUUUAGGUUUUGCAGACUGGGGAGUUGGCAACACUGUUUUCUUGUGCAGAGCUCCAGUAGCUCAUUAGCACUUAGCCUCUGAGUUGUGGAUGGAGACAGCGCUGCUCUGCACACUUCUGUUCACGCUAGCUUGUAGCCUAACAUUGCUGGUGUCGUAGCAGAAGCAGGUAGCAUAGGUGCUAUUCAGCUCUCGGACACUAAUGUCUUUAGGGACACGAUGAAGGUUAAUAUCAUAAUUAGCUUUCUUACGAGCAUUGCAAUCUACUAAUGCACUUGCUUGUUCCCCGAUUCCCCUUUUAUUUCUCAGAGUCUGGCCUUCAUUGCGGGGCUAUAGGAAAUCUAACUUUAUGUGAGUCUGCCGUUUGGGUCCAAUUACUCUAGUAAUCGAUAGAAUAUUCGAUAAAAUACUCGAUUACUAAACUAUUCGAUAGCUGCAGCUCUAAUACAAAUGAUAAGUCUUGUUUCUGAUGGUCUUGUUUGCUUUUGGAUGUCAUAAAAAGGCAUCACUUUGGAUUUCCAUGUGUUUCAUAAACACAAAAAAACUCCUCACUGCAGCUUUAAAUGAAUAUAAGAACAGUAGGCUCACAUUACACCAACAAUAUUGGAUGAUUAAUGUAUUGGUCAAGCUCUGGGGUCAGCUUUGAUAGGUUCAUGCUGUUAUUUGGAGCCAUUUAGGCCACACUAGUGUAUAUUUAUGGGCUUGUUUUAGUGGAUAUAUUUCCCUCACACUCCAUCUUCCCAGAGUUUUUGCAAUGACCCCAUCAUGACCCAUAUCAGUCCCAGAGGUCUACAGGAAGAGCUCUUCACCAGCACUUCCUGGCCACGGUUAUUCAAACACAGGCAGCUGCUGCAGGCAGACCGGAGGUAAGACAAGUCCCUGGCAGGGAGAGUGCCUGCCCACUGAGGGGAAAUUAAGCGAGGAAUGCAUGGAGUUCUGGACAGACACUGUGAGAGCGUAGCCAGAUGAGGACUUGUCUCCCAGCUUCACUGUCGUGUCCUUUGUCCCACUGACAGAGCGUGGAGUGAUGGCUUUUCAUAUUUAUAUCAGCUCCUAAAGACCAUUCUGUGGCUUUUCUGUAGUUUUUAGUUUUACAGAGAAAAUUGAGCUGUCAUUUGGAUCGAAUUGGACCACCUAUUUAGGGAACUCUACCCUUAGUGUUUCCUGUGGGUUAAAACAAGUUGCAUUUCACAAUAUUCUGCUAUAGAAAUUGCUUCACUUAUUCACAAAGCCUUCUUGAAAUACCUUUUCCCCCCCCCUCUACAACAGCAUAUUUUUCCAGCCUCUAAACGCUUGCAAGGAGAGCGUUUCUUUCAGAGUGAUGACUCUCUGUGCAUUUUAAGAGGCUUGGGCACAACUCCAGAUCAUUCCAAUCCAUUACAUCCACAAUUUCUGGCUCGUCCGAAGCGUGCUAUCAAACUGUCGUCAGCCCAGGAAGUAUCUGCUGCGUAAGAACGAGCACAUAUUGUCCUUUUUUCAAAAGCAGAAUCCCCCGGAGCUUCUGUGAUGUUAGAAUACAUCUGCAUGUAGGAUUCAGCAAGUGUGAAGGUGCUCUGUAGGACUUGUGUCUGCACAUGACAGGCUCACAGCAGGGAAUCUGACACUAUCUGUGCUACCUAGCAACCUUCUUAAAGCAUUCUCACAAGCGCAAAAGAACAAGUUUUUCAUUCUGAUUUUACCCUAAAUAUUUCCUUCCAACUUGGGUAACAUUUGGGUGAACUUUUGGGAGACUGAAGCAGGAAACCAUCAGAAUUAUCCCCCGCAUGAGGGAGCAGACAGGAGGUGAGGAUGUUAAUAGGAUAACAUGACCGGUGUCCUGAGAUCUGCUUGCUAUCGUAGCACAAAUCAACAGCAGAGAGUGUCAGUUUGCACUAUUUAAUAACAUACUUUGUUCACUAACAGGGAACAGUCAACUUUGGAGGCUAAGUCGCUAAGACCCUCUGCCUGCUCUUCCUGCAGACAGCGUGUUGACAAGGCUGUUCGUCACACUUUUACAGGGCUGAAAAGAGUCACUAGUCUGAGGUAGCUAAAAGCCGGGCAAACAGCACGUCUGGCAGGCACAUUUCACCAAUCGUUGACCUCUGAACCCACAGAAACUGUAGCUGGUCCAACCCAAGAGGGAGCAAUCCAAGCAGGGAAAUCCAACACCAGCAUGUUAGCAUUCCUGGAGCAUCUGAGUUUGGGAUUCUCUGCUCUGAGCGUUAUGUUUACAGCCAGUGUUUGGAUAGUGUGUGAGAGCAGGCAGGGAGGCACUUAGUCGCUGUGGUGAAUUCCACAUACGUCUGUUUUUGUGUGCAUGGAAGAAGACACUGACGAAUAAAGUGUCCUUUGCAUGCACUUUGUGGCCAUUUUUACUUUAACCUAAUGGUGGUGGACUAUAAAAAACACACAUCCAAGUGGGUUUGGUAAGUUUCAAGAGCAGACAUGUCCCCUGAAUGAAGAAAUAUAACUUUGAAGUAUGGUAAGAUCAGCUGAUAGACUUCUGUUUAAUAACUGAGAUACUUUAGCCCCUCAUAGAGUUACAGAAAAACAGUAAACUAAAAGAAAGAGUUGUUUAUGUUUGAGGACAACAAGUGAGUCUUUUGUCUGCAUGUUUAUGUGAACUCUAUUUCACCCCACUCCCUGAAAACCUUAUAAUAACAAAGGGACAAAUGGAAAAGAUAAAGACUGCUGAGGUUGUUGGUGUUCGUUUUUAACUGGUUUGCAGCGAUCAGACGUGUUAAGCCCACCUUUUCGUGUGUGUUUGCAGAAGUUAGCAGCCCACCACUUGGACAUUUUCAUGUGUCUGGCUGGCUUUCUGCUUCCUUUCUCUCCCACCCUGCUCUCUCAGCAGUCCUGCUUACCCACCUGCUGGGCCCACGCCAACUUCCACCCCACCUCCAGACUUCAAACAUGUUGUACUUGGAGCCGGAGAAACGGCGCUGCCCUCAAUAUGUUCGCACAGGAAACAAAUUAGCUUAGAUCUUUGUGACGAUACAUCCCCUCUUUAACUUUGAUUUUUGCUACUUAAACCACACCAGGCUGCUUUAAAGUUAGCAGACUGGAGUGUAGAUUAUUCAAACUUUCGGACACCUAUGUUCAGAGUAAUUUUGGACCAUUUGCAGAAGUUAAAGAAUGUCUUUGCUGGCUGCUGUGUUUUGUGAGCAAACUGAGCGGCACUCCUCUAAAUGUUCACCCAUGCAAACCAGAUUUGACAGAAGUUGUGCGCUAUUUCAAGAAGUGUUUUGUCAGCAGCAAAACUGAAAAUAACAAACCAUCCACCCCAGCAACAUUUUUAGCUUCAUCUGAACAUCAGCUUGCUCCCUGAAGCAAAACUAUAGCAGAUUUAUUGUCAGGAUGGCUCUGUAAGUUAGGCCGUAAUAAAAAGGUGGUCUCGGUGAGGGAGAUUUGGUGAUUGGCUAAUUGAGACAAAUGGAAUAAAAGUGGAAUAAAAGAAGUAGGGAAAGGCCUUUAAUUGGUGGUAAAUCACAACUGAGACCUACAAACAAGCAUGGGCCCAGAAAGUGUGAGCAGAGGGUGCUGGUCAGCUGUUUGUAGUCACGGACUGACUUCACAAACAUUCAGGGGAUGCUGAUGUGACCCUCUGAGAUCUGUUUGAGACCUUUGUUGUUGUGAAGUGGCGCCUGCUGCUAAGUCAGUGUGGGAAACACCAGCCAGAGUGAAGACGAGCUGUGAUUGAAUGUGUUUUCCGUCUCCUCUCACCUCAGCUGACUCUCUCCCCUGUCCUCUUCUGCAUUCAUCCCAGUGUUUUUCAUGUCAUCCUGAUUCAGCUGGAGCCUCUGUUUGACUGCUCCGAUCGUACUCUGUGGGCAAACCCACUUUAUUCACACGCCUCCUCCUGCAGCAGCACAGUCGCUAUGUGAAACUCUCACAAUGGUGUUUAUGAGCCAUGAAGACUCAAUCAGGCUUUGUGCUACAAUAGAACAGGCAAAUUAGCCACAUCAUUAGCGUGUUCAUUUCAGUACUUUCUGUUCCUGUUUGACUGAGAGUGAAAACGAGGUUAAAAUGUUUCAGCAGGCCUGUCAAAGAUUUUUAUCAUCUGACAUUUCUUCCUUUAAACUUGAUCUCAAAUGGGGAAGACUGUCUCUGCCUUCAACUUUGGAUAGAGUGAAACUAACACUGAAUGUAUUAGCAUGUUUGCUUUCUAUGUGCAGUAAAAGCUCAACUCUUUGUCACUCAGAAAAAGAAGACUUAUCUUUCCUGGUUUUUGUUAUUGUAGGCCCAAAAUUGCAUUUAAAUGUUGUGCAGCCUGGUUUACCAAAUGACAACCUAAUCAGAGGUAUGCGUAACCAGCACGGGCAUGGAGAUCUAAAGGCCGUCUGCUCAUGUUGGCCACUCUCCUAAUAUCCUUUAUCUCCAGAUUCUGUGAUCUCAUCUCGAGUCUUUGAUAAACAGUGCUCAAUUUUAAUGUUUCUUUGAGUGUUUUCUUACCAGUCAGUUUAAUUCAUGUUAGACCACUAAUAGACUAGUUACUUCAGGAUAGCCAUGCUCUUCAGGUGCAUACAGAAGAACCAAACGAGGGAUUGCGAAUGUUGAAUCUGAACUUUUUUUUUCUUUCAUAAUGAAGAUAUAUGCUCAUUUGAAACUUGUUGUUGCCAUAAAGGUUGGGACAAGGACAACAAAAGACUGAAACACUGUGUGUAAUCACAUCCAUAAACCAUUAUCAGUGAACACAGGUCAUCACUGCAUCCACAAAACUUGACCAUGCAAGAGUACCCCUUAUGUAAACACUGACCAGACACGCCAGAGCCCAUUUGAAAUGGACAAAGGGAAAUGGAAAAAUCCAUGAAUGAAAAGUUGAAAAUUCUUUCUUGGAAAUGAUGACUGACAUCAUCUUUGUUCCAGAGAGGGGAGGGGCCACCCAGCAAUCCUAUGCCAAACCACACUCUGUAUGUAUAACAGCUCGGCUCAGUAGUAGAAGAGUCCUGAUGCUAAACUGGCUGACCUGCAGUUCUGUCCUGCCCCCUUUUGAAAACGCUGGAGCACAAUGAAACAAAAACCACGACUAAGUAUACCCUCAAACUGUUGCGCAUCUGAAAUCCAACAAUACUGUAGAUGUUUGUUGUUUAGUUUGCUUCCUUGUGCUGCCUGUUUGGUAACACUAUCUCUUUGACUGUUGUGUUUACUACUUCAUUGCAGUUGUAGGUCUUUGGUCCCAACGUAGCAUCUGUUCGAGAUUUCAUCGGAUUUAAGCCUGUGAGUGUUGCUCAGAAGGCUCAGAGGGUUCUGGCAGGUAAUUCAGUCCAGGUUGGAUCUUAGGCUGGCAGGGCAUCUGGUUUCAGCGCCCGCCAGCAGUACGCAUAAUUAAACCCAAUUUCCCUAACGGUGGCUGACAUGCGCCAGUCACUGCUGGGCUCGGUGCCCUGGGAUAGACUAAUCCCUGGCUGUGUGGUCACACAGCUAAUAAGCUGGAGGACAAAUCUGUUUAUUUGACUCCGGGUUCACACUCACCUGGGUUCUCAUUUGCUCUGAGCUAGACUGAGUCUGGCCUUGCCUUCGCCUCUGAGCUCAUUUGAAUAUUUAUCACAAACUGAGUGAGUCCUCUCGGAUACUUCCAAAGUCACAACUUGAAUUUUCGAUACAGGCUGUUGUGAAAUCUGCCCUGUGGUUGGUUUGUGCAAUUAAACAAGAAAUUCUGGUUCUCCCUGAAUCAUAUAAUAUCCUGAGAAGUGAUCGGCUGACGCUUUCACUCUUCUCAUGUGUGAUUCAGACAGAAAGUUGCGCGGUUGUUGAUACGAACACGAAUUAAUUAACCCGACAGAUUCACAUGCAUCCAUUAGGGCUUUAUGAUAGUUUGACUUCAGAGUGCAACACAGUGGAGAUUAAUGUUUAAACCCACGUACUUUGGAAAUGAAUGUCUAUUUAAAAUGUGUGACUAACAUCAGUAGACUAAUGCAGCACAUGAAAGAGAGAAAAUGUUUUAUCUUUCCUCCUCUCGUUCUGGCUGGGCUUUGUGUGACACAGAAUUACAGCCCCCCAGAAUCUUUUUCAAACUGCAGCUUCAUCCCGCUGAUAUUCCCUCAGGGAAAUUAAGGAUUAGCUCAGCCUUUCAAACAGGAAUUCCUCCGUCAGUUUGUUUGAAUCUGCCCCCCUCCCGUCCCCGUCCCAAACCAAAUCUACUCUGUUUUUGCCCAAUGCCCUGCUCCGGGCCUAUAAGCCCCAUCCCUCAGUUAGGUUGGUUGUGAGCCUUGGUAAGAGGAUGAAGUGGAUUGUCGAGCACCACUCUGACUCAUGCCCUUGAGUGCCAUGCUGCCAAACCGCUCUGAGAGGAUGUAACACUUUGACUGCACUUAGAGCUGCUACUACAGACGGCUCAAACUGAAACAGACACUAAGAGAACGUAGCACGCAGAUAUCAUCUUUUCCUCCUGCACAGAGAUGACUUUGAUUAAACACCGCUGAUCGAAGCUUUAAUGUGAAGGAAACGGAUCCCAGAGAGUGACAUCAUGUUUGUAGCUGCUCUUAGGUUUUCUUUGGUCACGUGGCUGUUGUGACACAAUCUCUGUGUUUCUGGGUCAAACAUCUGGCACAUGAUUGUCAUGACUGCUGUGGAGGACCAAUGUGCAAUGAGCUGGCAUCAAAUUUUAGCCCUUAUUUUGAGAGAUAUUAAUUAUAUGAGAGAGAGAAGCCAUCAUAUUUGUCUGCUGAAAGAUGUGAUUUAAAUGAGCACACUUAUUUUAUAAUGUUGUGAGCCUUAAACGUGGUUUGAUACAUUAUUUAAGGGCAACCUCAAUUUCAUUAGAAUGAGGACAUAUUGAUAAAAAUAGAAUAUGAUGGUUUGCAAAUCUUGAAAGUUGAUAUCAGAUUAAAAAUCGUGCAAAGGUUGAAACUGAGAGUGUAUGCACACUUCAAAUUUCAUAUCUGCAAUGAUUUCUGAAACUGUUGGGACAGGACUGUGGUCACCACACCUAUUUGAAUAACUCUCUCUAAACGUUUAGGAACUGAGACCAGUUUCUGGAGUAUUGAAAGUUAAAUGUUGUUUCAUUGUUGCCUUAUAGAGGACUUGACCUGCCUAUAGUUAAAAAUCUGUAUAUCAGUCAGGUGCCUUUUAACGCUACCUUUUCAGAUAUGUAACUGUGGGCACUUAAACAUCAAUAUACCAUCAGGGAUAAUGGCUUUUAACCACAAUAUACUUCUUGACUGAUUGGAGAACUAGGUGGAUCUUUUCUGGCAGAGUUUUCAGAUUGACAAGACCGGUGAGUGACUCUGCAGCCGACAGGGUGAGAAGACUCUAAAGUUUAGGUCUUUUUUAUAAUCAGUUUUAGAAGUGAAAAAUAUAAUCAUCAAGUCAUUGGUGACAGAAUAAAUGUGAUUAUUCUUCUCAUGUCUGUGUUCGGCAUUUUGAAUUGCCUUGUCACAGAAAUAGACUACAUAGAUGAGCGCUGAUAACAAGCCGGGUGGUCCCUCCCUUCUUAGGAGCAAAGGAUGCAGCAUCUAUGAUUGUGAAGAAUAAAAAUAUCAGGCUUUGAUUUUCUUAAAACCACAAGAAAGUUUUCCACCUAACCCCAGUCCUUUUUAAGGAAUCAGCAUUUGGAUCAUUUUCUAUCUUCCUCCUCAGGUUAGUUUGCUAUUCAACAUGCUGCAGUUUUAACCUGCGGUCAUGGAUGCAGCAUUAAACUGUUUUUGGAAGUUCUUUUAAUCUCAUGCGGAGACUUCCACUCCAGAGUUAUGUUCUUUUUUUAAUGCAGUGCCUGUUGAGAACAUGUUAAUUAUCUGUUUCAAAUUGAUGUAAUGGUUGGAGGACGAUCUUCGAAGUGUUCCUUUUGCACUGCACAGCUUUUUCAUGGUUUAUUUCUGUAUUUACUAUUUUAAAAAGUGUAACUCGUGAAGUUUAAAAUAUGCAUAGAUUCCUCAGAAAACAACAAACUUUUCAAGUAAUCCACCAAAUGCUUGUCUCAUAGUUAGGUUUUUUAAGCGCUGUUAAAAACAUCAUCUCACUGUGUAUUUCAGGCCUUUUAAUUAAUCCAAAUCAAUGAGGGUCCUGUUCCACCAAAGACCCACUUUACACCGCUUACAUCUUAAAAAUUAAAAAUCAAAGUUUUAGAUUUGGAUUCAUCAAACGGGAAAGAAAAGUGUGACUGAAGUAGGGAUUGAACGUCCUCAUGUGCACUUCUAUGACGUGACAGUCACUGGGAUCAAUUCACCCCGUCAUGAUUAGUAUUCGAUCAAUCUCAUCCCCUCUGUCAUUAUACUUGCAGCUGAUUUUUCCCUCUGCUUAAAUAUCUUAGAUUCUCUGUUCGCAGUGGCGGCUCUGUUCAUGUUUAUGUUAAUUUGUUUAUGGGGGUUUUUCGCUUUAAGCCCUUACAUAACUCUUUAUCUAGGCCAGCAACUGGAGGUCUGUUUCUGUCUCAGUUUUCCCGUUUGAUGUGCUCAGCGUCCGUGUGCGAGAGAGCGUCUCCACAGCCUGAACUGCAGAUUUGGCGACUUGUUUUGGAGGAAUAGAGAAGAGGUGUGAACGUGUGAUUCCCGUCUGUCGAGCUGACACAAUCAUACCUCGCACAUUCCCACCCUCCUCCUCCUCUUUAACAGAAAUUUAUCAAACCCCAGCGUUUCCUCCUUCCACAUUUUCCCGCUCGAGUAUUUCCUCCAAGCACGCCCUGCUUUUGAUGUCCCGCGUCUUCACGGCUGCCUGCCUCACUAAGAUGAGAUCCAGAAGGCGUGCUGUACGAACUAAACAGCUUAGGUUAUGACUAGUAGAGUGGUGCAUCCCUGUGUGUCUGUGCUCUGUCAGGCCCAUUGUUCUGCAGGCUACAGAGCCCUCCAAGACACUUAUUUAAUGAGACGGCUCUGACUGUGUAAUUGCAGGCUGUUCUCAGAGCUAUUAUGGGAGAUGUAUUUUAAGGGGGCAAAAGCAGCCAUUACUGCGACAAAACUGGGCCGUUUGUGUGAAGUCGGAAUCACACAGCAGCAGCACCAGAGCGAGUGCAGCCACACCGCUUACACGCUGAUUGGAUCAUGGGUCGAUUAAUGCUGCGUCCAAGUGUUUUAAACUCUUAGAUCUGAAAGCCCGCCCUGCUUUUCUCCCUCUCUCUCUGUCUCUGAAGGCUUUUUUCAUUCGUGGAAACUACUCACUUGAAUAAAAAUCCAACCCAGUCAUAAUUUAUGAAGCCGUUCUACUGUCAGUUUAGUGUUUUUUUUAGCGGUAGUUUUCUUAAAUGUCAAACACCGAGCAGGAAAUCUAGUAAUAAUAUCUGCUUUGCCUAUUUGUGAUUGAUUUUCUGUGAGGCCUGGUGGUUUUGCUCCCAUUCCCUUUCUGUUUGGCAAAUGAGUCUCAGAUAUGUGGUGCACCAGUGCUGGGAUUUCCUCAUCACAUGAUUUAUUUAGGAUGGUCUUUCAGAGAGCCUCACAUCCCCGUCUUGGCACUCUGUCACACCAGACAGCCUUAGCUUCUUAACUCGCUCCCUGCAUCUCUCUUUAACCGCCCCCCUCUAUCAUUCGUCUCCGUCCUCCUCACCACAGCAGAGCUUUUUUCUUUUUUUAUUUAGGGGGGCAAAUUAAAAGAAACAAACCAAUCUGAGCUGACAGCUGAGUUCAGAUCAAGUUGAGAGAAAGAGUGCUUGGCAAACGCUGGCACUGCUGCUUCUUUCCCCUCUUCAGUGCUUUUAGGUUUGAUCCCAGCGCCUUGUUUGUUGGUGCUGACACUGCGUAACAAAAGUCUAUUUUUCUUCAGGACUUGACCCAGAAUAAUGAGGCUGAGGUUGCAUGGAGUUACUGUAAACGAGACAAAAUUAGCUCAUCGUGGCUGCUUGGCAGUGAUAGUGUUUCUCUUCCUUCUCUUUUCUGGUUUGAUGCUCCUGUUGGUAUUCAUUUCUGCCCUUUCUCUAAAGAAACAGGUAUGUGCGCCUCUGCCUGUGUGCCGCACAGGUGAACAGGUGUUGUAAACUUAAGCUGCUGGGACUUGAGAUUGCUAUCAGAGUGGAAGCAGUCACACCCACAGUUGGAAACUUUACAGAGGGGCAGGCAUUGUUUGCUUUGGCGAGUCACUGAUAUGGUAGAGUCGAUACUGACACACUUUUUAGACGAGACAAACUCACAGACUGUAAACUGGCUUUGGUAGUGUUUAUUUCAGAGUCUGUCUGAUGUGGCAUUUGUGGUACUAAUACAGAUUUUUAAAGGAGAAAAUUACAAAUGUAGCAGCUGAUAUUUGGAGUAUUUGAGCUUUUAUUACUUUUUCACAGCAAAUAUUAUAGUGAGAAGGAGAUGUUUUAUCUCUAACACCAAUUUUGGAAGGAUUAGAUUAGUGCUGCGUUCGAGUUACCUCGGAAGUCAGAUGUCGGAGCUGAAAACGAUGCCACACCCGAGUUCCCAGCGUUUCAGUUACCAAGUCUUGAAAAAGCUAAAUCAGAGGCCUGAAAGAAGAUGGCUACAUCUAAGAAAGUUAUUUUAGCGUUUGCCUCAUAUUCGAACAGGGGAAGCACUAAAAUAACUUUCGCAGAUGUAGCCAUAUUGUUUCCUCCUCCAAUUUUGCUUUUUUUCUGACUUGGUAACUGAAACACUGGUAACUUAGGUGUGACGUCAUUUUCAGCUCAGAAUUCUGACUUCCGAGGUCCCUCAAAUGCAGCAUAAGUCACCAUUUUGUCUACAGGGGGCACCAAAGUCAACACAGACAGAAAGUUCCUCACAGGAGCUUUAAAGAGCAUUUUUAUGUAGAUUGUUUUCCGUGUACAUAUACAUCUUAUUUACUGAUGGCAUUCAGACUCUGUGCUCAAUUUGUCCCUCUGUUUUACUAACACACCACUUGAUCCCUCUGCUCUCUGCCGGAUUUGCUGCAUCAUAAACAAAAGCAAGCUUUGUUAAACUUUAGUGAGGGUUGGGUAGGGUUUAUUUUAGAUUUAUUCAAACGUUAAGAGUUAUCCUACCACUUUUUUAAGGGAAAAAAUAUAGAUACAGAGGUUGAUAGAGUGAUAUGACAACCCACUGUUAAUCCAAGUUUAUUGGUAUCAGUUAUGAAAUCAAACCAGAGGAGUAUUUUCUGCAUGUUAUGUUCUGUUGAAGAAGUCUCUCAUUGACCGACACUAAAAAACAUAAUGACCCAAACUCAGAAGUAUCUGCCCAUGGAAAUAUCAGUCAAGCUCUUGUUUGCUCUGUGAAGACAUGUCUAACUGUCCUUUCUUUUCUUCACAGUAUCUGGAGAGGCCCUAAUGUGAAUUGUGUGGACAGCACUGGAUACACCCCUCUCCACCACGCGGCCCUAAAUGGACACAGGUAGACCACUGAUAAGUAACUCUGGGAAAUGGUACAAACGUGUGUGAGGGAGUCCUGUGUGUACACUGUGCAUUAAAUGAGGUCUGCACUCACAGACAAUUGUCCCUCUGGGAAGAUCAGGCUAUUGAUUGGCUGUUUGCCGAAGCCCUGUGUAUUUAUUACCGCGGUUUAUGGACUUGGCAUUUUUCUGACCCGACUUGACCUGUCCCUGUCUUGGUUUCACAGCGAGGUGGUCGAGGUGCUGCUACGAAACGAGGCCUUGACCAACAUCGCCGACAACAAGGGCUGCUACCCUCUCCACCUCGCGGCGUGGAAGGGUGAUGAACAUAUCGUCAAGCUACUCAUUCACCAAGGACCUUCACACCCCAAACUCAACGAGCAGGUCUGACACCGCGUUGGCUCUUCUGGUUUUGUGUGGUUCUUUUGGUCUUUAACUUUCUGUUUUUAACACAUUUAUCACUUUGAUAGUGUUUGUGAAAUGAUGUCAGUGUCGAACUCAUGCUGCACAUUUGACAGUUAUUAAGGAUGUGAGUCAUUGUUUGUAAUUCAGCACAUGAGCAGUGUUACCUUUAAAGUCAUUUUUAGAAAUGGAGAGACACGAGGAAGCAGCUCGAGCACAUGCUGUUUUCAGCACUUUAGUUGACCCCUGAUAGUUUCACAAUAACAUUCUUGAUGGUUAAGUCAGCAGCCUGUGAGAGCAGCUUUUCAACCUCUAAAUGCCACACACACAGAUAUUGUGAAGAUCUACAUCAGUAUCGCAUGCUCUGUACUGUAUUUCAGCUAAAAGAAUGGGACCAGAGUUCAUUAACAUCAGCGCAUCAUGAGCCUGACUCUUACUGCGAACAUUUAAAGUGCUUUGACCCCAUGCUAGUGUGAAAAGUGCCUGUUUGCCCUAACCAUUUUAACAAUUUGUUCCAUAUGUUUGUUUGGUUGCUAACUGCAGCAUCAAGAAAGUCAUUAUCUCUGCUCUGUUCUGUUUUGGAUGAGGAGAAAUGACCCAUCAUGAAUGCUAAAUCUUUGAAUUCUAUCCAGAAACCGAAAACAUAAAGUCUAAACGGUCUCAUUUUGUGUCAUUUCUCCCGGCCUGUUCAUGACAUCUUAUUGUGCAUUAACUCAACUCUGAUUUUUUUCUCCUUUUUGUUCAGUUUGACUCAUUUGUGAUCGUCAUUCAUUUGUUCAUUGCUUGUCUGAACCAAAACCAUCGGCCUUUUCUUCUCUUCCCCCCUCCCAGAGCUCUGUAGACCAUAAAGAGUUCAAACGCUGUGGGCCCUUUGACCCCUAUAUUAAUGCCAAGGUGUGUACACAGUGCUGCUGAAACAACAUCUCCUUUUGAAGUGCUUCUUUGCUUUACUGCUCUGCUCUGCUGUGUUCUGCUGUGCUUGGGUUUGGUUUGUUGCUGCUGCUGCUUGCGGGGCCACUCUGCUGCACAGAUAUGAGGCUUUUUUUAUUUGCUGCUGGCUUUCUGCUCAUGUUUGCUUUACGCUCCAAGUUAUUGAGAUGUUUAAACAUAAGUCGCUCUGCCUCACAACACACACUUCACAGGGGGAUAUCACUCGGUUACAUGUAAAAACACCAGAGUAGUAGCCAGGGUCAGGGGGAAGACAACUCUUCAUGAUGUCAAGUUUUUUUGUUUAUUAGAGCCGAUGUUGGAGAUUUGUGAGUCUGAAUGUUUCUUAUGUUUCUUGCAUAAUAAGCAGUUCAGUUUUCUGAGAGUCACAUUCACCAGGGGAAAAUGUUAACCAACUCAAGCCAGAUACAUGUGAAAGCAUAACGAUAUCAACAGCUGAAGGUUUAUAAUAAACAGGAAGUCCUGAUGCAAAGGAAGUUUGGUUAAGUUCACUGGAGGCUUGAAUGAAAUAAAAUCAAAGUUACCUCUUUGAGUAGUUGACACAACUUCAAAACAAAAGCACAAUGAGGAAACAAAGGUUUGAAAACCCAAACAGACUUUUUUCUCUGGAGAGAUUUCAGGAAGUGCUUUUAAUAGAUAUAUUUCAUAUUUUGUUUUUUCUGCAGCAGGUUUUCUAUUGUCUAGAUUUCAGUGACAUGUGUGACAAUUAUUGCUCAUGCUGACUGAAUUGAUGAUCUGGUCUGAUCUUACAUGCAUAAUGAAAUGGAAAAAUUAAGUUGUUCUGGUUUAAACCACAUCAAACUACACUGAACCAAACGGGACCACUUGGUGGAAUCUUGUUUUGUUUGUUUGUUUGUUUGUUUGUUUUUUAAUCCAAAAUAAAUGCCAGACUUUCAAUUUAUAGGUUUAUGAAUUGCUUAAAAACUGAGUGUGCAUUAAAAAACAUGAAUUGAUAAUGGUGUAAACUCGAGUUUAGCUUCUAGUUUAAUAUUAUUUUGGAUAUUUUUAUUUUCUAAUUGCUCAGUGUUACUAAAAAUGUAAAAAUAAGAGAGUUCACACAAAUAAUGCAAAAUACCAAACACUCAACGAGCCAAUUUUUCCGUAGUUUGCUUAUUUCCCUUAUUUCUUCAUCCUCAUCAGCUUUCCAAGAAGACCUGCAAGACGGUAUGAUGGGUAUCAAAACCCCUCUUCUUAAGAGCAGGGUUGUUUUUUUUUGUUUAACCUCGACACAUGAUCAACUAAUGUGCUACCUCUCACCAAAGUGUUUUAAUUACCCUCUCAAACUGAAUCCUAUCUUAACAUCUUCCACCUUUCCCACCAGUUUUCACACCAGUAAACCUUUGACCCAGACGAUCAGAUUAAGAAUGAAAGGAGAAACUGGUGAAUUAAACUAAAAACAAGUGUUCAAUCAUUCACCAUGUAACAGUUUCUGUGUGACGAUCAAGACAGCAUCCGCCUCAAAAUGCAGAACUGGUUUGUGCAAGAAAAUGAGACACUCAGUCUGACAAAGCGGUGAUGAGUGUAGUCAGCGGGAAAUUAUGUUCAUCCACUGACCAUGUAAGGCGUCAUAAUGCUGAUCUAAAAAAAAAAGAAAAAAGAAGCUCCUCUAGCCUGCUGCGGCGAGAUGAAGCAAACGCAAAGCUCUGCCUUCUCAGAGUUCAACCAUCAAAUCAGAAGUACCGCUGAAGCAGAAGUGCCUCUAUAGAAGGAAACCAAAAGGUCUCUCUAGAUAAGACAAACGAGACAACUAUGAAGCCGAAAGCACCCUCAGCAAACAAUGAUCUAAAGACUGUAACAAAGUCGCUCAAAAUGAAACUCACAGCAAACAACCUCAAGCUAACACACAGCAACAUGAUCAAGAGGUGAUUGCAAUUACCUGGAGCCUUGUUUUACACUCCAAACCAACCAAAAUAACACUCUGAGACAUGAGAGGCGCAUUUUCGCUCAUAACACCAUGGCCUAAAAAGAAAUGUCACCCCUGCAGCGCUCUAUUUAAAGGAGUGUGGACCCGUGCUUUACUCUUCAUAUAUAUUUUAUGUGACUCAUCUGGACUACCUAUGACUACAUCAGGUGUUUUCUGUUUGGGUCAGAUACUCAGGGAAGCCCCUGCUACAGUCUGUCUGCAUGAGGAGAGAGACACACUAGAGCUGACAGUGCCUCUAAGCCUCAGAGUGAGAGCAGCGUGGACAUGUUGGUUCCUUCAUGAUUGUGUUUCAAGUGAGCAGAGCUGGAAACCCAACCGGUCUGGAGAUAAAGCCGCGCACUAUUUUUAAACAUUGUCACAUUUCUGCAGGGCUAAUCUUCUUAGUGUUUGGGUAGGAAGGGAGGAUUUCUCUAAUGCUGCGAUAUAUCGGACUGUGAGUUUCUGUUUGAGUCUGUUUUGUAGAUGGUUUGGUGGUUUGCUUAGAUAAGGGAUGAUAUCUCGACACAAACACUCUCAGGAUACCUUUUUGACCGCUACCUGGUGGUGAUUCUGAAUAAUUGAAGCUUUGUUAUGAAUAAAUCACAAACAUGGAUGUAGUGUGGUUGUAGUUGUGGAUGUGUUGUGGUUAUGCCUGAUGGCGUCAUGUGACUGAGUGGGCGGGGUGUGGUCUGCUUCCCCUCUUAUCACACUCCAGGACCAGAGAGCCAUCUCAUGAGGGGGGGGAGUGGGGUGAGGAGGGUGGGAGGUUUUUCAGUGUACCGGUCUCUUUGCAUCAGCAUCAAAGAGAGACCUCCAUGCCAUGCUUGUGUGUUUGUGUGAGUGUGUAAAUAGCUGUAUUUGCCCCCCGCCUCCCGGUUUGUGCCUGAGAGCUCCGAUGCUGAGGAGAGGAGGAGGCAGGGUGUUGUCAUAGCAACCGUGAGAUGGCUUAUUGGACGUUACAGUGAUGGUUGGUGACCCAGUGGAGAGAUGUGGUGUUUCUGCUGAGUGAGACAUGAAAGGCUUGUGAUGGAGCUUUUAAUGGGGUCCAGGACUCAUGGUGAAUUGGGGUUGAGGGGUCCCUUUAGGGGUACUCAGGAAACCAGCCUGAACUGGGUCCAAUAUUUUGAUUCAGGAAACUAUCCGAUGGACUGUAUCUUCAUUUAAACCUUUGUAUUUCUCUCAGUAGUAGUUUCCUGAGUGGGUUUGCCUCUUUGACAUUUGGAUGCCCUAGAAUAGAAGUGCUAAACACUGAACACAAGACUGGACCUUGACUGACUUUGACAAGUGAAUAUCACUGAAUAACACAGAUUUAUUGAAUAGUGUUUUAGAGAUUCUUUGCCACAUGAGUUUCAUCUGAAGCUGGAAUAAAAAGUGUUAGAAAUUAUCAACCAAUUAAAGGUGGGGUAGGCAGGAUCUGAGAAAGUGCCAGUUUUUGGGAAAAAAUCUUGAAUCUUGAAUUUCACCAGCCCAACAGUGAUAUAGUUAUAUUCCCAAAUGUCUUCAAUAACUAAUAGCUAUUGACUGAUAUUAAAAGCUUUUUUUGUGUACACACCACAAAAAAAGAUGCUUCUUUAAUGAAAUCCUGCGUACCCCACCUUUAAAUGAAAUAUGAUAUAUUCUUUGGCCACAACUCACCAACAACUUAACUAUCCAACUGGAUAGCACUCGACAAAGCAGUUGACUGUUUAUUCAGUAUCGGUAGAGAAGGUAUGAAAGACAGAAGCCAGUCGAAGUAAUCGAUGACAGAUAAAAAGUGACCCCUCAAAAUGUACCUCAAAAAAUACAAAAACUUUUUGACUGACAAAAUUUAUCAAGUCACACAGAAAGCUAGGGAACAAAGUGACAUGAAACCAAAUGUUAUCUGGACCAGAACCUUUAUACCUAUCAAUUGAACCAGCACAAGGCUAAGCUACCAAGCUAGCCACCGACUAAAGCAGAGUUUCUUUCUGUUAUAGGAGUAUUACACAACAAUAUAUCGAUACUAGCGGCAGAUUCCAGUAUUUACAUGCUCUUCCUCACUAUGCUGCUCUUACGAUUUCAUUAAAGGUAAGAAUUGCAUAGUGGUAUACAGACAAACACAUGCUACUAGCCUCCCAGUGACAUACCAAUGACCACGUCAUAUGACAUGCUGCUCAUCUACCAGCAUGUGGUGAGACAUACCGCUGUCAUAAGGUGGGUCAUGCCAUUGGCCAUUAUUGGGUCUUGGCGCUGCGACAUAUUUUCUCAUAAACCCAAGAGAAUGUCACUUAAAUGAUAACUUAAUCCCAACAAUCAUUGUAAUCAUAAGGACUUUCAACGCUUUAACUUUUUCUUUUACUUUUCUUCCACUGUAAUUAUUUAAAUUUGCCUAACUUGUUCAGGUCUAAUUACAUUCUUUUUGUAAAAGGCAUUACCAAAGACAUGGGAAUAAUAAUGUCCAGAAUCAUGACUAAUGACUCAUAAAACUGUGAAUGUCUGAAAACAUUAAAUAUCAUGAUCUGCCUGACAUGAUAUAUAGACGUAAGAGCUGCACUUAACAGAGGAGUUCAUGUCCCGAAUGAGACUUUUUAAGUUGUGAUUGUACAGGCUUUUCCUGGCUUCAGCAGAGAGGAUUAUGAUGAUUCUCCUCAUUGACCUCUUUAAUGUUAAUUGCCAUUCAUUCUGUGUGUUUCUCUAAUAGGAUAUAGCCCCUUAGUCAGCCCACACUCUCAUCACGCUACCUCUCACCCAGGCUCCAUCUCUUUAUAUAGGUCACAUGUCUAAUGCAAUAUAUGUUUAGAUGAAAUCCUCUGACCCGGGCUCACAUGUACAGCUGCUCUGACAUUAACUCUGUCAUGGUUUUCACAAUCCAUUUCCCCCGGACGAAUCCAAACAGCAUGAAAUUAAUCUUCGACAAAUGUCAAAUGUGUGGCAUUUAGUUGUAGGAAUAAGAGCAGAUUUUGGGGGAAUUGUGGUGAAUUAUUUCAACAGGAGAUGGAUCAUGUGUGUUUGUGUCAGGAUUGGUGUGCAGCAUCUCAAAGGCUGACAUCAGGAGAGUCUGUGUUGGCAGCUGCAAGAAUAAUUUCUCGGACUUGGUCACCUCAUUAUCAGUGAAGCAGAGUUUCCCUUCCUUCCUCUGGGUGCAGCGCUCGCAGCCUGCCAGCGCGCUCAUUUAUCCCCCUGUCUGUCACAUCAGAGUCCAACGCCACAUCAUACCCCCCCAACACACAAACAUUUCCCUUUACCUUCUGCUCCCUGCUGCCUCUUUCGUGCCAAGAAAAGUGUUUUGAGAAGAUUUGACGAGCCCUCGGGGGGACAUGUUGACAUGUUGUUGUUUAACAUAAGGAUUGGGAUCUCUCCAUUGUCAUGCAUUCACGUUUGCAAAUUUUUAGGGUGUGUCUUCUUGGAUGGCAGUUGGAGACAGUUGGAGAGGAGCGUCUCAAAGCAAAGAUGGCGAUCAAAGAUUUUAAAGGUUAUCUGUGUUUAUGACUGGAAAUUUGGUCCCAUUUAAUCAAGAGGACUAUGAAGGUAAAACUGAUCUUGUAAAAGGCAGAACAAUUUCACUCUACAGAGAAUGAAAGUGAUGGCAAGAAGCCAGUUUGACAUUCAUGUCAGGUCUGCAGGGCCUGUUUUUUUAAUCCACUAUCAGAGUCGGCUUUAUAUUGUUGUCGCUGAACAAUAGAAAGAGGGAGCUUGGCUGGAUAUUCAUUUUGGCCUCUUGACACAUAGAUAAAAGUUUAACUUUUUUCCUGUUGAUUUUUCUCCACAUAUGUUUUUGCAUUAUUACUUUAUAAAAAACUUACAUGAUCAAACUAUGAUCUGAGUUGUUGACAGUGCAAAUUUAUGCCAGUUAAAGCUCCUGUAAGGAGUUUUUGGCAAGUCAUGAAUUAAGCUGAAAUGAAAAUUUAUUCUCCGUUUUUGACCUAAAAAUGCAAAUAGGGCCGUCAACAAGCAGAGAGAGUACAUCUGUACAGUUAUCUUUAAUGUCUGAAAACAUUGAGGGUUGUAAGACCAACUUCUGAUAGACCUGUACUUUUACACACCUGUAAGAGUAGAGGUGUACAUUGAAGUUAAAGUUUUACUUCUGCAGGAACAUUUACAGAGUGUUGGCCUUUUUCCAAGCUCGUUCAGUUCUCCUUCUCCAGGAUCCUGAACUCAUCAGCUCUGCUACUGUUGCCUGGAUUGCAGGACAGGAUGUUAUUACACUUCUCCCUAUCAGUGAUGGUAACUCUUUAAGCUGUCUUGUCCUCUACAAGUAUGUACAGCGUCUGCUAAACCAAAUGAGGACAUUAUUUUGGGUAUUCAGUGUGGAAUUGUAAAAUGGGGCUAUUUUGCUAGAAGUGCAGAUGACACCUACCCCAUCACACCAGUUUCAGGAAUCAAAAAUUACAACAUAGAAAUCAUUAUUCUAGUCAGUGAUGGUCUUGUCUGCUUUUGCAUGAAAUGAAAAGCUUUCAAAAUGAAUUUCGGCUGAUUUCAUAGAUGUUAAAAAACUCCUUAUAGUAGCUUUAAGCAGAUAUGAGUGGCUUUAAAUGCAUUUGUCAAAAACUCAAAUCAUUUAAAUGCCCAAAUUUCUGAUAGAAAUCACUGUCUUACAUGUUAUUAAGCCUUAAUGAUAGGUUUCUUUGCUCAAAAUACCAAAAUGGGAGGCCUCUCCAUGAGCCUGAGAGGACUGCUGUGUCAUACAUUUUUAAAUCACUCCUUAAUCUCUCCCACAAAUCAAAAAAUUGGAGACACCUUGUGCUUGCAUGUGUGAGCCGUGAUUCAGGGAUUUCAGCUUGUGACAGUCUGAGCAGGCAUACACAAGCCUGGGCGGCCCUUUGGCACUCAAGCUGCAACAGCUGCUCAACCCACCCCACCACCACCACCUCAUCCACCACCAUCAAGCACUACUACUCCAGCGGCCAGCGGCCAGGCUGACGUAACCGCUGCCUCGCUCUGCUGCCAGCCCGCGCAUCACGUGACAGAGGUCGCUAGUCAAACCGUGUUAGCAUCUUCCAGCCGCAGGUUGUGAGAACCAUAACAUCCUCCGCUCUCUCUGUCACUGCGAGGCUCGUCCCCCUCCCACGUUGACGACUCUGCAGCAUGCAAACACAAUGCUGUGUGAUCUCCAGAUGUUUGUGGUUAGGGUGAGCUUUAUCAAUCACCAGUGGAGAUCUUAAUCUUAAUCUACUGAAUAUAUGCCACAUGAGUUUCUACAUGUUUUGCCUGUGAACUUUAACUGCGUUGUAUGUAACCUAAUCCCUUCCUUAGUUUGGCUGCGAGUCAUCAGUGCCAUUUUGUGCAAAAGCCUAUAGAGCUUUGUCUUGUUGCUACAUGAUUGUUUGACUGUUCAUGUGGACUGUGGCGGCAUUGUGCAGAUAAGAAUGGUUCUUUUAACAGAGAGAGACGUCGUACUGGAGCUCUGAGUCCUUAUUACAUAAUACAAAAGCUUUGCACUAAAACGGCAAAUUCAUCAGUAUUAAUUUCUUCUUCUUUUCCUUUGCUGCUGGAUCUGCUAAAUCCAAUAAGACCAAGCUAUCCAUUUUACUUUUACCCAACUGAGUAUACUGAGAGAAUACAGGGGUCUGAGAUUCUUCUUUGUGACCUCAAAACAACUAAAGUCCUGAUUUAGUUUUAGGUUCAGGGUGGCCUUUAAUAAAAGUAAAGGCAUGUACGUAGCUGUUCAAAAAUUAUGUAUUUGUUUUUGUUUCUUGCAUUACAACAAUGUCAGUGCAACUCCCGUGAUUUCAAGUUCAAGUGCUUCCAAAUCAUGACAUCAGCAUUAUAUGUCUGCAAACGGCAGACCUGUUCUCACAUUAUUGGUAUUGCAUCAGUUCUUAUCAGAUAACAGAUAAUGAAACUAAACAAUCAGAAGUUAUAUUGAUGUGAUAAUUGUGUAAUUACAAUACAUAAGUGAGGUGUGAUAUGUCAACAUUUGUUUGAUACUUUUAACAUCAAAUUUUCUAUGAAUAACGGAUCCAGGAAGGGUAAAUAAAUGUAAUUUGUUUAUCUAUCUAUCUAACCUCAGUGAGGUCCCUCCAUCUGAAACACUAUUUUUUAUAUGCUGCUGCGAAAAUUUCUUGAAAUCCCACCUCUGAAAGUUGUUUGUUCAGAUAAACAGCGUGAAUUCUUCCCUGUCAGGCGAGGGAGGUUAGUAGCGGGGGGAAAAAGCCUCAGGAGGAAGGAAAUGACACCAAAAGCAUGUGGAGGUCACGUUGAGGUGUUUACAACAUGAUGGUGAAUGGUACUGACCCUCUCUGUGGUGACAGUUGAGCCUUUAUACCAGUAAUAGAUGCAAACAGUCAAGAGUGCAGACAUCUUUGCUUGUCCUUUGGAGGAUGAUUCCUCUCUGUUGACCAUGUUUUUUAUUCGUCCUGUGAGGUUUCACACCACUCACUCAAUAUAAAAACCAGUCACUAUUUCCUUUUGCCCCUUUUAUCAGCUGAUCCUGACUUUGUGAAGAAUUUUUCACUCAGACAGUAGCAGGAAAAAUCUGGGAUAAAGUGGGAGUAAAAAUUUUCUGUGUUCACACAUGCAGCUCAACCUGAAAACUUUUGUGUUUUUUAAAGUAUUUUUUACAUGUGUGAAUUAGGGCUAGGACAAUAUGCUGAUCUCAAAAUUCGAUUCCUCUACGAUUUUUUAGAUGCUGAUUCGAUUUAAAUUGCGAUUCUACGAUAUUGUCAAUAUUCCUGAUUUUUAGUCUGCAUUUUUAACGCCAGUGAAAUAGUUGAAUGAUGAUGAUUGUCUACUGACUAUUUCAGGAACCAUAUUUCCCCAAAAAAUACACAUCACAUGUAGGUACGUUGUUAAGAUUUAUUCUUAAAUUUAAAAGAAAAAACAAUUUUGAACAUAAAAAUUGAUGUAAAAAUUGUAAAGCAAAAAAUUGCGAUACGUGAAUCGAUCAUAAAUCUGUAUUCAAACUAGGGGUGGGAGAAAAAUGAAGUAUUUUUGAUUUAAGAUUUAUGUUCGUGAAAGCACAUAUUUCAACUUUUUAAUUGUACUAAUGAGAAAAGUUUUACUCAACAUUUUUUUUAAUCCCUAUAAUUAAAAAGAUAAGGAGGAAAAUAUGAAAAAUUGUGAAACGGAAAGGCAGAGGAUAAACAGUGAUGUUAUAUGGAGGUGUUUUGAAGUUUCUGCAGAGGCCCUGUGGCGGCAUGUGUCCAACAUGUGAAUAACAUCAGAUCAUAGCUCACAUCAAAGGAGGGAUGGUGAGGCUCAGUAUCUCAUAGCUGCUUGUUUUCUAUCAGUGAGUCAGGUGUGUGGUCAGCCGUGUUUAAUGUGAUCAGAUGCCGCCUGACACAGUGAUAUAGAGCCCUGACCAUCACACUGACAGCAGAAACACUGAACGCCAUCCCAAGAGUUCAAAGGAUCACUCUGUCAUGUGCGUCUUUUAUUUCUCUCUUGUUUUUGUCGUGUGAAACGGCUUCAUGUUUUACUUACACUUACAAAAACUUCCCUCGCCCUGUGUUUGCUGCUUUGUGUAAAUCAUUGCAUGCUAGAUUACCUCAGAUUACUGUUGAAGCAGCAGACCUGCGUAUCUGAGGAGGUGAAUCAUGCUGAUGUCAUGGCAGCAUGUACAUUUGCCUGCUGUGCUGAGGUCAUCUGAACACUCAGAGUAAACGUCUCUUUUAAAGCUGUGGUGAAUGUUUGAUGGUGUGUCAUAGAUGGAGAACAGUGUACUCUUAUUAUUAUUAAUGUCUCUUUGUGAGCAUGUGAUUCCGGUGUGCAAACAGCAGAAAGAAGAAUCCCAAAUUCAGCUGAUAAAACCACCCAAGCAGCCGAGGAAAGCUGAGGUCUCUUUUAUUUACUUCUUAGAAUAAGCCUCUUUGAAAGUCUCUUUUUUUUUUACCCCGUCUGUUUUGUUCAAACAAAACAAAAGUGGGUUUUCCUUUUUUCCUCAGCCAGCCACUGUGCUCCUUCUUUUGAGAGGCAGGUGUCGUUUUGUUUCUCGAAGCCCCGCCUCCUCUCUCUGCUCAAGCUGUGACCUGCUUUGACAAUAAGGCAAAAUACUCUUUCCUUUUUUUAUUUUCCUUCAUUCUUCAACCUUUCCCCUCUCUCCUUUUCUCUCUUUUUUCUUUUAUUUCCUUUCUUAGUGCUUUCUCUUAAUUUCCCUUCUUUUCCACUUCUGUCUCUCUCUACUUCUCUAUUUUCUCUCUUCACAUUCAUCUCUUUCUUCCUCUUUAUUCUUUCUUUGUCUCUUUUUCUCCAUCCUUUUCUCUUUUUCUCUUUCUGUUCUCAGUCUGGUGUUCUCUUUCUCUGUCUUUUCUCAUGCUCUCUAUUUCAGUUCAAUUAAAUUUAAUUGGCUUUCUCGCUUAUCCCUCUCUCUCUUUUAGCCUUUCUUUCCUUCCUCUUCCUCUCUCUCUCUCUCUCUCUCUCUUCCUCUAUGUCUUUAUCCUUUGAAUACCUGCUGGUCCCAUCUGUCUCCAGGUCUUUGUCAGACCCUCACUGAAGGGUCCACUGACACCUGUCCCAAACUGCCCUGUUGCCCCCUCCUCCUCCACAUGACAUCCCAUGUCCAGCGGCACAGCUGGCAUGUUUCUCUGGGGUCGCCCCAAAGCUGGCAUCAUGCGUGUCCGUGUGGGGGCCUCUGGUGCCAGCUGUCAGUCCUUUUGUAGGUGGGUCUGUGAGUCUGGAAUGAGUGACUCUUGGGGCAUGUGGUUGUACAAAAGCUUGAAUAACCCGCCACACCCUUUAAAACACAUCAUGUAAACGGAGCGGUGGAGCUGCAGAGUUACACAGCUUUUAUUUACCGAUUACUGUGAAUCACAUGCUUUCAAUCCUGUCACACCUUAAGAGAUUCAGGGCUGUGAUUGUGUUGUUUAUUCACUCUCUGCAGCUGUUAUUUUCUGCUCCAAACAUGGUGGUUUGACUUCUUUUUUUGAACCAAAGUUUAAAUAUCUCUGCAUAAAAACAACCCAGCCCCACAGUCUGAAUUAUGGCCACCAUGUUGGGAUUGUGUGUCACUUGUUUGAUCGCCACAGUUCAGCUCUUGGGUUAAAGGGUUCGCCCCCUGCUGGUUGUCGUGGGUAAGGAGAGUAAACAGUGCUGCAGGCUCACAGGUCUGUUAGGCAUUGAUCGCGUUGUUGCCGGAGAGUCAUUAGAUCCAUUAAGCUCGGCUUACUGAGUCAAACUUUUAAUUGCUGUUUGGCAGCUUGUCUAUUAGCUGCUUGAUUUGCAACUCAGGUCAGCAGCAGAGAUGAGAUCAUCAGUUAGAGAUGUUCCCAGAAUGAAUUGCCAUGAUUGAUCAACACUUUUACUUUGAUGGAUAUCAUUUAGUUACAGGCUUGAGUCAUACUAUUGUAUAUAUUUGCACCAUGACUGUCAAUUUUAUAUACUUUUACAGAGUGUCACAACUUUUUUCUUCCUAUUCAAGUGGCUUGAAAGUAAACUGAGAUAGAGUUGCAUGUAAUUUGUACAGUAAUAUCUAAUUUUGAAACAAUUAGGCAUCAACUAAUAGAAAUUUAAUCUAUAUUUGUUUUUAAAUUCAUUCACCACUCGUCAUGUGACAGAAUUUUGCUUAUUCCUUGUGUGUAAUAUGAAUAUUUUGGAGGUUUGGACUCGAUUUUAGACCAGUAAGAUAUCUAGAGAUGUCCCCUUGGCCUAUAAGAACAUUAGUUUGGCAUUUUUUUACUAUUUUUUUCCAUUAAAAGGACCAAGAUUAAUAAAAAAGACUAUGUCUGUAAAAUCGCAGCAUUAAGAAGUGAUUCUCUUCUUUUCUUUAUUAGUUCUAAUUAAUUAGAAACACAUCAAUGCAAAUAAAUGUAAGACGUCAGCUUAUACAACAUACAGCGGUGAUUAUAAAUCUAGAAUAAUCAGUCAUUCGCUCAAAUGACUUGUGAUUCUUGCGCUGACUAGUGAUGUUGAUGACUUCAGGUGAUUUAACGCACACAUCAGUUCUCAUUUAAGGUCAGCAGCGUUCUCAUUUCUUUGCCACAGUGGCCCAUGUCUUUGCCUAUGACCCUUUAUACUGCCGCCUCUGGUGCCCACUACCAUCACCAACACCUGUCCUCACUCGUCCGUGUGUGUCUGCUCUGCUGGUCCUCCACCUUCAUACAUCUCCUAUCUGCUCUGCCAGAUAUUCCCUCCAGGCUUCAUAUCGGUGCUUUCUCAUCGCCUUUUGUCCUGCAAAUGUUAGGGUCUCUGUGUGCUCAUUGAUUUAACCCCCGAAGACUCCCCUGAGUCUCCUCUUCUAACUUAUUAACAGACAUGAAUCAGCUUAUGCCCUUUUCCUUGUGCCUCUCUCUUUUGUCCUUGUUUCUGUUUUUCACGCGCUGCUCCUGACCUGCUCGUGCUUUUUCAACAGAACAAUGACAACGAGACGCCGCUGCACUGCGCCGCGCAGUACGGUCACUCAGGGGUGGUGCGGCUGCUGCUAGAGGAGCUGACAGACCCCACCAUGAGGAACAACAAGUUUGAGACCCCUCUGGAUCUCGCUGCUCUGUACGGCCGUUUGGAGGUGGUCAAGCUCCUGCUCAGUGCCCACCCUAACCUGCUCAGCUGCAACACCAAGAAACACACGCCGCUGCAUCUGGCCUCUCGGAAUGGACACCUGUCUGUGGUGGAGGUGCUGCUGGACGCAGGCAUGGACAUCAACUAUGAGGUACAUGCAAGCUUGAGAAAAUUCUGUUGCAAAUGUUUCUUCACAUGCUGUCAUGGCUCAAAUAAUGUUGGGAAACUUAAUCUGCUCCGGCAGCACUUCCUCUCGCUACUUCCUACGACCACAAUGAGAUUAAAUGUGAAAGUCUUAAGCUCUCAGUUUGCAGAGGAGCUGAUGUGCUAUCAAAGCAGAGCCGGCCUUGCUCCCCCUAGUGGACCCUGUGGCUCAGACUCUGAAACAAACUGUGCCUCCCGCCUUUUUUCCCCCUUUUAUCUGCCCUAUUUUCCAUCGCACCGAGCAAGGGGAGUCUAGCUCGUGUCCUUCAGGCUUUGCAUCCUGCAGGUUUCAAUUAGCAUGGCCCUGUGAGCUGGAAAAUGAUCUGCUUUGACUCCUCAGCCACAUAAUUGUCAGUCGAGAAGUGGCCCCAAAAAUCCGGUAGUCACCAUGCACUGUUUAUGUAAGCGAAUUGUGGGUGCAGACGCAGGACAGCUGCAGGUUUAACUAAGUCUGACUCAUCUGGGAGUCGCAGGAGGAAAUAAACAUGAGCUUUAAUUUUCAUAAUAUUCAUAUUCAUGUCAACUCUCUCUGUGCCUCUGGUUGUUUAUGCUUCUGUGUUUUUCUUUGCAGACAGAGAAAGGCAGCGCCCUUCAUGAAGCUGCCUUGUUUGGGAAGGCAGAUGUCGUGCAGAAACUUCUUAGUGCAGGUUGGUGCAACAUAAGCAAGAUUUUCAUCACUCUAAAAUAAGAAAAACAGCAUCUAAUACUUAACGUUUUUUUGUCAUUUUGCCAGGUAUUGAUGUGAAUAUUGUCGACAAGAAGGGUCUGACAGCGCUGGACACUGUCAAAGACAUGCCCUCCCAGAAGAGCAGAGAGAUAGUUGCACUCGUCCUCGGUAAAAUAAAAAAAAGAGAGAAAGAGCAGAGAAGAGAUGUGCUUGGUAAAAUCCUCUUGAUUUCACAUGAACCAGCUGUGAUACAAUCUGCUGUUCGUCUGUUGCAGGUCACAUGACUGGAAAACCCCCUGACAUCGACCUCCCCCCUCCACCGAUCCCACCGCCUCAGGAGAGUCCAAGUCCCCGGAAAAAAGGUAAAAGUUACCAGAUGUUUGGAAAAGCUGCAGCAACAGUUUUAUUAGCAGAGAAAGGAAACACAAAAGCAGAGCUGCUUAGAUUUCUCUUAUAAUAUUUGUCUAUGAAUGCGCUUUUGUUUGUAGGUGAUCUGGAGAAGGUGAGCGAGCUGAUCUCUGGGCUGGCCCCAGGUCCAGAGGAGGAGAGUCCGUAUGAAGCUCUGUUUGAAGCCACCUCCUGCCACUCUCUGGACAGCCUUACCAGUGGGAAAUCCUCUGACAGGGACUCAGGACGGCCGGAUAGUGAAGCUGGAAAGGUAUGCAGGCAAACACUUAAACAUGGAGGGGAGCUGUUCUAUAUAGACUGGAGAUGAAAUGCACAACUCCCACUAGAGGGGGAUAGUGGUCUUCUAUCUACAUGAGCGGGAUUGAGGCCCCCUGAGUGAUACACUUUUUGAGUUCAGAGAGAAGAUGCAAAAUAUCCCUUUACUGAGCCAUUAAAAUAAACUUUAAACAGAUUGAUUAUUGACUUUAUAUUCAUUAUGUUUUAUUUUUGUGAUAAUUUACAGAAAGAUCGUCUGGUUCACUCAUCACACCCGGGUCCUGGUCAUGAUGAAGAGGUAAGCUCAGAUCACAGACCCCAGAUGGUCAUACAUGUAUGGAAUAGAUGCAUUAAUUUUUCGUCACUGUAGUCAUUAGUUUUUAAACAACAUCAUUAGAAAACGAUUGUAUGCCAGUGAGGACGCUUGUGCUUUUUAGCCACAAGCCCUGUCAUGACUGUCCUCUUCACGACUACCGCUCAAAUCAAACAACUUCUUCAUAAAUAUUCAUGCGAGUGCAGCCUGGCAGAGAGGCAGCAGGGGCAAAAAAAGGAGGAGAAGUGAAGUGGGAAAAGAGCGAAGACAAAAUCAGAGAAACCUGUCUGGAUUUCUUUAAUGUAACUGACCAUAGAGAGGAUGUAUUGUUCGAGCUUUUCUCACAGUUUUAUUCGCCGAAGGGGAUAUUUGGAGAUCAUGCUGUACGUCUGUGUCUCAAGUUUUCUUUCUUUUUCUCUGCUUCCUCUUUUUUUCUGUUUCUUCAGGCCCUCUUUACAAACAGCAGCAUAGAUGAGAGAGGCGAGCGGGAGGAGGAGGAGGAGGAUCACACGUAUGAGUUGUUGCUAACGGCGCAGACCAAAGUCCCACAGCCCAGUCAUGAAUCCCAAUCCAGUAAAGGUAAAUGUCGUCAUAGCGAUAAAGAAAAGAGAAAGUCGUAACAUAAAAAUGAUAACAGGAUUUUUAUGUUUGUAGAGAUGUGUCUUGGUAAACUUCACUCCAUCUCUUUACUGCUUCUUUGUCCACUGGUGUCAUUCCCAGCAGGAUUACAGCCAAGCAAUUAAAACUCUGCUGUUGCUUUCCAAGAACAACAAAACACAUUCCCAACCUAACAAGCUUGACAGCACACACACACAAACAUGACCAAACCUCUCCCGUGGCUGCGCGUGACGUAUGAGCAGACCUUCGGUUGUGGUCGAUGAAUGGCACUGCAUGUAAUUGGAUUAAAUGGGAUUAAAUUAGAAGGCCAUUUGAAUCCACGGCUGUUGAUGUAUAUGUUUUAAAAGCAGACCCUCGGGCCCUGGAGCUUAGUCAGCCUCUGUGGCAGCCAUUAAAAAACGUCACCCAGCUUAAGGAUGGGAGUUUGAUUGCUGAUGUCACCAGGCCCACUCUGUGAGGAUAAUUUAUGGUGUUAGAAAAAGGGAAUCUUUUCUGUCCCGAGUCAUCCCGGCACAUAAACGAUCCAUUUUCCAUCUGUUUUAAAAGUACUACAUCAUGUCUUUGCUGUUUAAACAGCAGGAAGAUUAACCUGACGAGUGUCUGACAGAGUCUGAUAUUUCCUAUGCAUAAAACAUGAUUUUCUUAUAGAUCGCUCUUUCUCUUGGCAUAAUGUCCCUUUUACACUCAGAACAGGCAAAACAUUGUUUCUUACUCAUAGGCUGUAUGAAUGAAUAGACAAUAUAAAUACUGUAGAAUAAAGAGGCCAAAACAUUAGGAGCAUUCUGUACUGUAAGGCUACUGUAAUUAUGAUUCAGCCUGCCUCCUCCAUGUGAACAGAUGGAACAUGCGUCAACCUUAAAAAUGAAAAUACUCUUAAAUAGAAAUGUCUCUUAAACAUGAUUUUCUUAUAGAUCGCUCUUUCUCUUCGCAUAAUGUCCCUCUUACAGUCAGAACAGGCAAAACAUUGUUUCUAACUCAAAGGCUGUAUGAAUGAAUAGAAAAUAUAAAUACUGUAAAAUAAAGAGGCCAAAACAUUAUGUAAUGUAACAUGUAGUUACGAUUCAGCUUGCCUCCUCCAUGUGAACAGAUGGAACAUGGGCCAACCUUGAAAAUGAAAAUACUCCUAAAUUGAAUGUCUCUCAAACCUGAUUUUUGUCAUUAUCAUUAAUAAUUAUAAAGUAGAUUUAUUUCCAAUUUGAAUUUCCUGAGAAGUUUAUUAUUAUUAAGUAAUUUCGGUGCCAUAAAAAGGGAUAUAAUACCAAAUUUUGCUUUUUUAUUUUUUUUAGAUUAGUAAAAAUGAAGAGGUGAAAAUAUAACAAAUGCUACCACAGGCUUAAAAGCGACACAUCAAUCCAAUGUUGUACAGUGAUUUGACUGUCAUGAUCUUUAACGCCUUCACUUCUUUGCCUUCCCUGUUUCUAGAUGAGAAAACCACUACACAGUCUUCCAACAGUGUCCUACCUCAGGUGAAUAUACCAUCCUUUUUUCUCUUUCUUCUCAUAUAUUUUACAUCUCUACCCUUAAGUCAAGAAAUUUUUUACUCUUUUGAAACGCACGCCAGCUGUCCCAUCCUUUUGCGAAAACCCCCCUGCAAGAACAAGCUGUACGAAAAUGAAAAGGGUGGAGUUUUGACAGUCAGAGAGCCGUAUCCCUGCCGCAUUUGAAUUGCAUAUCUAGAGCAUGACCAUAUGACUAUAGCAGGUUAUAUAAUAAAGAUGAAGGUCCCUUGGCAGUCAGAGUUUGAGUCAUAUGUCAGCAGAAGGCACAAGUCAUCAUAAAUCAGACCCUUGUAACUUGGCCUGCAUGUAAACCUGCCUGCUUUAUUUAUCGCUCCAUCCUAUCUGAUUUUAAAGCAUUUUUCAAUUUAUCAUGCAGUUAGCAGCUUUUAUUAUCCCUGCCACCCACCUGCAACACCACCUGCUGCCCACAAUAUCUGCUUAUGUCUUUUAUUUUGAGGGGUUAUUGGAUUAGCCGCUCUCCUCAGCAGCCUAAUCAUAAUAAAAGAGCAGUAUAGUGUCCUCUGUCCUGAUCUACAGCCUUGAGAGUUGAGGUGCAGCAUAGCUAAUGUAGGCAGACCUGAAGACAUCUGUGUAUCACCUAGAAUCACCCUGGUUUGAGUCAAACUUCAUCUUUAUUGUCCUUAAAACCAGAUAAAAAAGCAUAAACCUGAUGGAAAGAUGAUAAAUUGUUGUUUAAUUUGUAGAUGGAAUAAAACCUGUUUCUUUUCUGUUUAAUUCUAGCGUAAACCCACUGCCCCAAACAACCUCAGAGCCCCCAGCAAGACGAAAGACUCCUUGCACCCUCCUGGCAGGGUGGGCCUGCGAGCUUCAGGGGGUGAGUUUUAUCACUGUCGCUCAGAUUUUAGUAACCUAAGAUGGAACAACAACUGCUCGCUGCAACGCUGCGUGGGAAAGAAGAGCUGCAGCAGACACAUUACACUUAAAAAACACAAGCCAAGCAUGUCAGUGAAAGAGGAGUGAUGCGGUGGAGUUUGCAGGGAGAGAUGGGGCAGGCUCGGAUUAGUGCUGCCAGGGAAUGCAUGACUGGCAUACUCAGGCAGCAGAGCGGAUUUGGCUUGUCGGGAGCGGGCUGAUUGACGCUCCCCAGCAAGUGGGCAUGACUCAUUUAACUCCCGAUAUGAAACAGCGUUCUUGAUCAGAUUGUGACAUUCCUAUCUCAGAUUCACAUCCCGCCUAAAGCUGGAUUAGCUACGUCAUCCAGUCAGGAGUGGAGCAGAGGUAAGCAGCAUGGCCUGUGGGAUUUUCCUGACACACAUGCAGAUCUGUUCAUUGACUAAUUAUUUCCUCAGUGUUGUUACGUAAUGAACUGUACAGGCAGGCAUGACAGGCCAGCUGAUUGGAUGGUGGUGUUUACACGAGAAAACAGCAGUUUUGCUUGAGGGUGCUGUUUAGUUCCCCCCUUAAGGUUGUUGUGACAUCUAUGUAAUAGAUCGUGUUUUGUUGUCAUGGGAACCGUAGAGAAAUUUCGAGGAUUUACAACCAGUUUUGAUUCGAACAUGGUAAACUGAGAUGUCAAAUUUCUGCUUUUGUGCAUUUCUGAUGGAUAAAAUGGGUUCUGUUGCUUAUUGGGCUUGUAGUGCCUACAUGUACCAGAAUGCAAUGCAUCAUAUAUGCCAAACAAACAGCUCUCUUAAGUGCAAAAAAGCAGAGAAAGCAGGUAUUUAAAAAUUUCAGAGGGAUUCCUGAGGAUGUUUUUUUUUUGUAGCUCCUGGAGAACAUCUGGAGAUGAUGUUCAUAAAAAAAGACAUAUUUUUAACAUUUGGACAUUUUUGGACAGAUUGUCUUUAACUCUUGAGCUGCUUAGAGAGGUAUUUUGAUAAGAAAAACUGUAUCUUGACCUUUCUCAUAAGAGGUUUGUGCGAACAUCCUCAUGAUGGUCCCCAGUUUUAGUAGACAUUAAACACGAUGUUGAGCUUGUGUCAAGAGUAACACUGAAAAAUCUCAUGUUUUGGUAGAGUGAGGUCUAGGGAGCUUUUUAUUUUCUUUCUCUACAUGCCCUUCCCAGUUACUCUAAAAUACUCUACUUUGCCUUUUUCAAAGCCACAGAAACCACAAGUUUGCUUUAUAAGUGAAAACCACUUGAAUUUAUUUUCUUUUCUGUCUUUAUUUGCACAUCUGCAAGUUAUGUUCCCCACUUUCAGUGUUUGAUGUAAACCCACACAGCUGGCUGAGCUCGACUGUUUACUCCUGCACAUGUGGUUGAUGUAAUUUUUUGGUGCGAGUGAGGUGAUCUGAGGGACAGGUUCUCCCCCCCUGUGUGGACAGUCAGGGUCCAGACCUCAGCACUAUGUGGCAGGUGGGGUAGAUAUGAGCAGAGUCAGCAAUACGAAGGUGUUUAUCAUCUGUCACAAACACAUUGCUGCUCUCAGCAGGAAUAUAGUGUUUCCCUAGAGACUUCAACCUCUGUGUCAUGUUUUAUAGAGUUUCCAGUGGAGAAGUCACAUCCUGUGUGAUUCUCCACGGGUCAUAAUAAAUCCAAAAAGCACACACUGUUGAGAACAGCAGGAGAAUGCUGAGAAUGCUGGCGUGAACCGUUUUGAGUCAUUACUCGCCACUUGUCGGAGUUGUUAAUAAUCCAAAGCCACCACUUUUCCUCACCGUAAAAACAGAAAUUUGUAUUUCAACUAACCCACUAGUCUAAAUGUAAGAAAAUACUCAGAAAACAGUAAGAGUAAGAGUCUGUGGAUAAAGAACAAGAGACUGGUUAGAAGAGUGUAGCUAACAUUAGCAGAGCUAGCACCACCAGCCUCCAGUGUUGCACCCCUGCAGUAGAAGGCAUCCCCUCCACUCAUUAGCUUCUUAAAGUGUGAGAAAUUGAUCUCAUAUUUAAGAAAACACAAGUAUUGGAUCAUGACAACAUGUCGAAAGGAGAAGCAAACUUUCGCUCUGUUUUUACGUGUCUCAAAAAUGCACGUAUAAAGGUGUACUUGGGUAUAGACUGUACAGUCAACUGUCAAGGUAGAGAACAUUAUAUAUUUGGGACCGCAAAUAUUCCGUAUCAGAGGGUUAUUGCAUAUCUGAAUAGCCUGAAUGAAAUCAUUAAAGACACACGCUUUUGAAUCCAUUUUGAAUCCAUUUCAACCACGCUCCCGUUAGGGGUGCACUCUACGGCAGGGGUGCAUUCUAUGGCACAACACCGGUCCCCCUUGCAGGUUAACGAUCACAUGCCUGUGCUGGUUACAUAUUGCUCCAGUCAAGAGUUUAUAGUAUAAAUUGUAUCUUCAUAUAUCAGAUCCAAAUAGUGCCAAACGGUGCCAUACUCUGUUCGUGCUUAUUUAUAAUUGGGUAGAAAAGCAUUAGAGCAUUGUAGCAGUAGUUAUUUCCUGCAGCUGCAGCCAAGCUAGUGGUGAUGGCUCUGUUAGUGGCAUUUCACACCAGUAUUUUAUAUUUUUAUAGCUCUGUUAAAUGACAAAAGUUUGCUACUGACUGCAUUGGGGAGGAUGUGUGAUCUAGAAGUUGACCCAAAGUUUUGUGAGUGAGUAGAGCCAAAAGAUUUUUUAAUUCAAGGAAAAUCAACUGCCAACUAUUUUGAAAGUCCUUCUUAAACUUAUAAGCAAAAGUAUUAAAAAUGCAUCUUUCAGCAGCUUAAAUAUGUUUUUUUUUUUUUUUGUAAUGAUCCUUAUUACCUUUGUUCUAUUUAAAAAAAAGAUAGAUGAUGGUAUGAACUAAAACUUUAAUGGAUUAAUCAGUAACAAAAAGAUGGUCAUAUUAGCAGAACAGCAACAUCAGCAUCUGUUCCUGUCAAUAAUGAAUUAUCAAUAACAAAGCCUCCUUUUCCUUAUUAAUCCUCUGCACUUCUGACCCGGAGUCAAGAAUGUCUUCAAAUCGACAUUAAAAACCGAGCAGAGUUUUCACAGGCAGAGCACAGAUUGACUUUAGAGCUUGUUGACGCUGGUUUGACAGCCAGCACUGGCUGCAAAACAAACAUGACAUCAUUUGUGUGACAUUAAGCCGUCGCUGCCAAAUGAAAUACACAUCCCACCUCUGCGCUGACCUCACCCAUGUAUACGAGCUGCAAUAACAUCAGAUUGUGUCUCUACACAUUUUUUCCGCUGUGUAGCUGUGGGAGCGGGGGAUACAGUGGUCUCAGCGAGGGUUAACGCUGUGUGAGAUUGUUGGAAGCGCAUUGAUGUUCUCAUAGGGCGUUCACACUCCUCAGCUGCCAGGAGAGGGUGGGUGUUUGGCUGUGGUACAGACAUAUGUGCAUAGUACACUCACUCACCUCUUAUAACACACACAAACACCCACACACACAAACACACACACCUUUUUUUAUUUUUUGUGUUGAGAAACUUGUGAGAAAGGAGUCCAGGGCGUUGUUCAGCACUGCAAAUGGCCCUUGAGACGGUUAAUGGUGCAUUUUGUUGAAUUUGCGUGUCAAACUUUUAAGUGGUACAUUUCCUCCCCGUCACGUUUUGCAGAUCUGACUCCUUCACAGCCAGUUUCUUUUGAUGUUUCCCGUCUUAAAGCAGCAGGUUUAGAGACAGCAGACACGCAGACUGGCCUGUGAAGGACAAACAAAGUGUUGCAACAGGUCACUUCUUCUCCUGCGGUGUCUCUGCCCCAGAUUCCCUGUCACCAAACACCUUGACCCUGUCACCCUGCCAGAGACAGUCCGCACACACUCUUCCACACACAGCCACCCUCGACAUACACACUCCUUCACCAUGUGUCACAGAACUAAUUAUCAGGAGUCUGGCUUGCUGGAGGAUAGGGUGAUUCAAAUUUCCAUUCCUGAGCCCCCCAUUAGGGUCUAGAAUUAGAAGGCAGCAAACACACAGAGAGAGCUGCUGGUCGCACAGCAGUCGACAACACGCAUCAGCACGGUGGAAAAGGGAAGAUGCCUUUAGGACCACACAGACGGAUGUGAAUUUCUGAAGUCUUCGCGUCGGCGCUGACAUCCCGCGUCUUGAUUUGUUUGCAGAAAAGAGGCUUAGGUGGCUGUAAGUCCUUGAGGAGAGGGAGGAGGAGGUCCUAAUUGUUUUUAAUUGCUCUCGUCCGCUCGCUCUCAUUAAGGAGUAGCUUUUGUUGGAGACGGCAGCUGAUGUAAGUUUGACUCCUCUUAGACGAAAUUUUGAGUCCAUGUCUGUGUGUGUUUGAGUGUGUUUGUUGAGUCGUGUUGUAGUUUCAUGUGUUUUUAGAAAGUAGCUUGAAGGGGGGAGCUUGUAGUGCUGUGGAACCAAACAGACGUGUGGACUUUUGGUUUAAGUUUUUUUCUGAUUAUAUCAUUUAAAAGCUAAUUUUAACCCGUUUUUUAACCAGAUAAAUUAAUAGUAGGAAGGGGAGAGGUACAGAAAUUAAAAAUUUUGUCUCAAGUCUCAAGAAGUCUCUCAGAAAGAAGCAGAAUGUAACAGGAUCUCAUAGUUCACCGGUACAUAAUGUUGAAUUGGUUUAUCAUGUGUGUCUGAUUGCCCUGGUUAAAUUGUAAUAUACCAGUUUAACCAGACACAUAAGCCAACAACACAACCCUACCUCCAUUUUCUAGAUUAAAAUACUGCCGUCUUAAGCUGUGCUUCAAGAUAUCAUCUGUCGUUGGUGCGUGUUUACAUCUGGGUAGGAGAAAAUAAUAACACAUGGCAGCAGUUGUUCACUUGAGUUAUGGUCCACAGCUAGUGACGUUUGGCUGCGCUACAGCUGAAACACAUUAUUACCAAAUAUGUGUGUAUCCUCAGCAUGAUGAUUCGAUUAUUUGUAAUGUUUUCAGUCGAGUUGCAACGAUGAAAAAUUGACUUUUUUUUGUUUUUAAUAUAUUGAAUUUAUUUAAACAUGAACAACAAUUAAACAGAGCACAAAUUAAAGACAUAAACACAAAAAAACAUAAAGAAAACAAAACCAGACAUUCAAAUAUUUUUUUCAUUUGCAUGUUCAUAAUGGAGUGGGAGGAAGUCGAAACUUGUCCGGUCCCACCCCUUCGCUUUUUGGUUUGGACUUUUGGUUAAAGAAGAAGAAGCGAUUUGACAGCAUCCUCUGCAGCUCACAGAGACAGAGUUGAGCUUAUUUCAACCUUUAAUUUUGACAUUUUAUAGACUUAAACAUUAAUCUUCUUACUAAUGUAAACAACCUGCAGAUUGAUUGACAAAGACAGUAGACUAAUGCAGCCUUAAAUGUCAGUUUAUGUUGUGUUUACAUAGAUUUUAUGCUGUUUUUAUAACCUGGUUUUAUCAUAUGUAUGCGUACAUGUUGCAGAUGUUAAAAGGCUUAAGUUAGUGACGACACAGAGCUAUCUAUUUCCUGGCUUUACUGUAAAUGUCACUCUCCUUGGCUCUCUGCAUUCUGUCUUUAAACCCUGACAUCAAAAGCAGAGCAUUAAGAGCAUUACAGAGUGGCUGUGGUUGGCGGUAGUUGUGAUGAAAGUGUUAGUCAGUAGCCUGGGGGAAACUCUUAAUGCUGUGUCAUUUUUGUAAGGAAGGGGCCUAACAGAGAAGCGGGCCUGUAAGAUGAAGCUUGUUCCAAAGAUGACUAGCUCUAACACCCUGUUACGAAACACAGGCGCUGAGGCACCAGCAGAGAGUCGUCAGACGGCUGCAAGCUGGGUUUGGAAUUCUGUUAUUUCUCCAGCCAACAUACGCCUUCUCUUCGCUCCUUCUCGCUCCUCUCUUUCUUUUUCUCUCCGUCACUCCUGGUAGGAAACAAUUACAGAUCUGUUUCUAGGCUUGUGUGGGCGGUUUCUUAUUAGCACGGCUCCAAGGAUCUGCCCGUCAGUCAGAGGUCCACUCUCAAACCGCCUCAAACUUCUCUUUUUCUCUCUGGUUUUCUUCUCUCUCUCCUUGCAGAUAAUUCCCAGCUCAACCAGGAUCAGGGAGCAGGUGUCCCAGAGCAGUUCACCGGCCUCCUGCACGGAUCCUCUCCUGUCUUCGACUGCCGCGAGGAGCCCUUCAGGCUUCCAGGUGUCCAGCAAGACUCAGCAAAACCCGCCAAAGUAAAAGAGGAAACAGCUAAAGUAGGAGCAGCUAAAGCAGGAGCAGCUGCACCGCCGCCCAGCCGUCCCAGCAUGGCCGCCAUCCUGACGGACUGUGAUCCAAAAGCAAUUUAUGCCACUGUGAACAAGGAGCCCAGGGACUCAGGAGCCGGGGGCGCUGGGAGGAUGCGUCCUCCUGGGGACCUGAAGCUUGCACGCAGCCUCUCCAAGUCUGACUCGGACCUGCUGGUGUCGCCUCCUAGUGAAGAGGAUGGGGGAUUGGGGAACAGGAGCGAGUCUGUUUCUAACUGUAGCACCGGGAAGAAGAGGCUGGAGAAGUCGCCGUCUUUUACUUCAGAAUGGGACGAGGUAAGUGUUGACGUUUGGUCUCUUUGUGUGGACCUUUGGGUGCUCUGUCUUACUCUGCCUGUCUGAAAACAGGCCCAUAUUGAUGAAUUUUAAACAUUUUAAAGGUGUUUAAUAUCUUUAAAUUCACUUUGUUCAUCUAAAAGAAAGGAAACGGCCAAUAAAAAACACACAAAUAUGAGAAAAUAUCCUCCAUCUAAUGUUAAUAUCUACUGUCGCACUGCUGCACCGACUUAAAAACUCUUAUUCCAGCUGUAGAUUUAGAGCAUGACUAAAAUAUAUGCAAGAUUUAUGUGGAAAUCCUGUUGUGACCUCUUGUUGGGCCCUAGUCAGCUCGUACCCGUGCUGAAACAACACAAUAUUUACACACAGCAACAAACAGUCAAUAAAAAUCUCGGUGUUUUCUGUAAACAGCUCUGUUGACAAAAGUGGAUUCUGAUCCUGAGGGGGGUUGUGCUCCAGUUUAAGCUUUACAUGGUCUACAGCACAAACCCCUCUGCAAACAGGGUCUUCAAAAAUGUCACGUUUUAUUCCAGAGCAGGAUUUUACUCCCCAAUUUGACCCUGUUUUAAAUCACUGUAUUUUUUUUGUUUUGUUUUGCAAUCUUGUCUCAUAUUUGUCCUCAUCCUGGGUAUUUAUAGCUGGAUAUCCCCCCCUCCAUUCAGCACUUUAAUGCUUUGUCUGGGAUGUAGAUAAAGAGCUGAGUCCAGCCAGUGAGAGAGAAGAUUAGCCAAGACAAGAGGAUGGGGAUAAAACAGCUGAGAAGCCCAGAGUUAAGACAAGAUUUGGAAAUUGAGAUUCAGGGAGAAGGUACAGAGAAGGCAGAUCUGUUUCUCUCUCUCUCUCAUUCGUGGAGGUUCUAGAAACCGACCUGAGUCUGUUCAGAGAGAAAAUCUAUAAUCAAUCCGCAACAUUGAGCAAAUACUAGAAUAAUGCAGGGAAUUUUUUUCCUCUCUGUUGUUAACGGAAGAUAAAAAGCAUGGCACAGUAAGGUCAGCACAUUGUGGACUCUGUCUUGAUUUAAUGAAGCGUGAGAUUUGAGCCCAUAUAACGAUGAAUGAGCAGAGGUAUAUGGAGUUGUUUGACUCUUUUACUAUCAUCCUGUAACAAUCCUCUUAUGGUGAGCAGGAUUAAUGAUAUCCUCCAAGCUUCUCAAUUAGUCUCUCGGUUAUGUGCCCUUGCAUUUUUUUAGUUUUCGGCUCUGUUUAUGCUGCUGCGAACACGCGUCUCUUCAACCCUUCCUGCGCUGCGACACAGCCGAGUCAUCCAUGUGAGAUGCCUUACACGACUGAUGCCAGAUCGAGAGAAUCACAGGCUCAGAUCGCCCCGUUAACGCUCUCGUUUCUUACUGAGAAGGAGAUCGUGUUGCUGCUCAGUGUUCCUUUACAUGAGGCUAUCACAACAUCCACGGUGAGCUCAGAUAAGUGUGGCUUCGAGGUCGAUAUCUGGGCUACUCCGGGUCAGCAGUGUGUAUAUGGAUGAUGAGGAUCAUGUACUUCUUCGAUCACCUCAAAACCUCUCUGGUAUGAUUUCUGGAUGCUGGGAUUCAGCUCGGGGGACACUAAAGAAAAUUCAUUUUAUCUCCACUAAACUCUGAUAUGUUAUUUAUAUGAUCCACUGAUGCUAAUCUGUGGUGAACAGAGACCAUCAUGCUUCUGAAUGAGACUUUUUACAUAAUAAAUCCAUUAACUGGGUGACAUGCAGUAAAAAAAGGCACAGGCUAGAAUUAGAAACAGCCUUCUGCUUGGGGCUUCAGUAUAUGGAACACGUGUAGAGACCACUAGGCCCCUUAAAUAUAUAACUUGCACUGCUGUUUGUAGUGCCUGAAACUGGUGCGAGGGGGAAAGUGUAAGUCAAGCAGCUGAGGAAAAGUCCUAUUUUUAUGAAUAAGUCACAAUGAAAGAUAAAUUUGACGAUCAAAAUCUGCAGGGUUACUUUUUUUGGUUAAAAAAAAAGAAAAAUUUAGGAGGACAGAAUAAGCAAAAACUGCAUUGUCAACAGGGGGACACAAAAUGAAAGUCCUUCACAGGAGCUUUAAAUCAAAUAUGAGUUAAACAUAAAUAUGUUCCUCCAGCAAGAUAGUUUCUGCAAGUCUCUGUGAGGACCUGUACCUGACCCAUUUUGACCACUUCUCUGAAUGCAUUUUUUUUCCCCAGCACCACUUUCAUCAAAAGAAUAAUUCACUUUUUAUACAGUUGUUACAUUUGGUGGCACAGCUCUGUCCUGCAGCAGGGAGAUCUCACCUUUCCUCUGUUUCAUGUGCAUAAAGCUAAGGUAGGGAGAGCCAUAGCAAAGACACAGAAUUGAAGAGGAGCUGGGGUGCAAAACGGUGAUGAAGGAAGCAGGAAGAGAAUGCAGGCUUUAGCAUAUUUUAAACCAUAGAUUCUGAGCACAGUCUCAUAGAUGAACUGUAUGUCAAGAUCACCUCAGUUAAGGCUGCAGGAGGUUGUUGCAUCAUAAGAUUUGUGUCUGAGAUAAAUAAAGUUUUGAUGUCUGCGAAUAUUGGCAAGCAUUUAAGAAUAAGAAGAACUUUGUGAAUCCCUGAAGGGAAAUUCAAGUGUUUGUCGUCUCAUUUGUCAUGUCUCUAAAAGUCAUCUACUGUUUACAGAAGAGUUGUACUUUGUUGUACUUACUUAGUUGUACUACAGAAGACAUUUGCUCUCUUAUAUCCAACACUGGCCUGGUAAUAUUGGUGAAGCUGAAGUCAUUCGAACAUGGCGCAGACAUAAAACUGCCUGCUGUCUCUGUUUGGUGCUCAGUGAUAACAGUCAUACCAUCUGACAGCAAGCAGGCUGAUGUUCAGGGGGAGUUUAUUUUGCGGGGCAAUUAUUCACGACUGUAAAUCGACCUGCUGUUUGUUCUGUCUGGAAAUACUCCCGUCAACGCUCUGAUGGAGAGGCUGCCCAUACACGACGAGGCCACUCACAGAACCUCGUCAGAGUUCAAAAUACUUUUCCAGCCUGAAGGCGAAGCGCAGCACAACACCUCAGCACAAUGACUCACCCUUCCUCGUGUGUAACCUCGUUUGGAGGCUCUUAGAACUGUGAGCACCACAAGUACAAGGAAGGUUUCUGCCUUGAUAUGAUUCAGCAUGGCCAGACAUUAUCAAAUAUCAACUAGUUUAUAGUUUGUUCGAAGUCUGCCAAGAACACACUCACUGGAAAUUGGAGGUUUAAUUUGACACGUAGUAUUUGACAAGUAAUAAACACAAACUGACCUUCAGUUCCUCUUUGCGUGCACUCAGUUAGUUUCAUUAUUGUGUGAAAUACAGUGUAAAACCACAGAUGGACUAACUCUGACUGACAGUUUUCUUAGUUCCUGUAGCAGUGAGGUCUGGAUCAACCCUGUGUGAAUAGUGAUAGUGUUUAGCUGCAGAUAUACUGCAUACCUGCUGUAUUAGUCAGCAAAUAUGGAAGCAUUAAUAGUAUUUCAGGAGAGGAAAACUAAAAGAUUUUAAAAUUUACAAUAAUAGCAAAGUUUAAGCAAAGAUUCAGAAUGAAAGUGUUUAUUUUCCUCUGAAAAAGUCAGUGGAGGUGAACUUCUGAAAGACUCCAACAGGAGGGUGUUCAAUAGUUUGAUACAGGAAAAUUGUCCAUCUAAAUUACGACCUCCAUCUGGGGCUCCUGAGAGAAAAGAAGAUCUUAGAGUUCUUGUUGGGACAUCAAAUAAGAAGCAGUCAUAGUUAAAUGACAGUGCUAUUGGAGAUUAUGUAAAGCUUUGAAGACGAUUAGAAAGAACUUAAAAGUGAUGCUUGCAGCCUGUGCAGUGAUGGGAGCGCGCCUCUAAAGCGUCAGUACAAAGAAAAAGUGCAGCGUUGUAAAUUUGAUCUUGUCGGAUAAAAAUAAAACAUAAAGAGUGGAUUAUACCGAUAUUAAAUCUGCAAGCGGUGAUGAACGAGCUGUUGCACCCGUGUGCAUGAUGGGUUAUGUCAGUUGAAGCUGUGGGUUGUGCAGCAGCUGCACAGUCAGCAUACAUGUGUCAUUUUAAGCUAAGUGAACAUAAUAGUGCUUUCUUUUAUCAGUAAAAGGGCUGGUCAUGACGGUGCAUUAAUCAAACUGUCUGAAAGCUAAUUAAGAAAAUUAAAUUCAAAAUGAGUUUGUUAAAUUAAUAAAAACUAAGUGUGAGCCCUGCUAACAGGCACAGAAAGGGCUAUAUUUUUAAACAUAGAUAGAUAGAUAGAUAGAUAGAUAGAUAGAUAGAUAGAUAGAUAGAUAGAUAGAUAGAUAGAUAGAUAGAUAGAUAGAUGUACAUAUACAGAUAGAUAGAUAGAUAGAUAGAUGUACAUAUACAGAUAGAUAGAUGUACAUACACAGAUAGAUAGAUAGAUAGAUAGAUAGAUAGAUAGAUAGAUAGAUAGAUAGAUAGAUAGAUAUACAUUUACAUACAGAUGGAUAGAUAGAUAGAUAGAUAGAUAGAUAGAUGUACAUAUACAGAUAGAUAGAUAUAGAUAGAUAUAUAUUUACAUACAGAUGGAUAGAUAGAUAGAUAGAUAGAUAGAUAGAUAGAUAGAUAGAUAGAUAGAUGUACAUAUACAGAUAGAUAGAUAUACAUUCACAUACAGAUAGAUAGAUAGAUAGAUAGAUUAUUAAUCCCAAGGCGCUAUGUAGACAUUUACAUUUCCUGUUCUUCUGAUAUAUGUCCAAAGUUUUGCAAGUUUCUGGGCCUGUAAAAAGCCCCAACUAAGCACUUUAUUUGUGCAGAGGAAAAUAAUGAUGAUCCCAAUAAUGAUCCCUCGAAGUAAGUUUGAUGCUCUGACCUUUACUAGUGUUUGCCUCCAAAUCCAUCAAUAGCCGGGCUUUUGUUCUGCUCUUUGUAUCUGUUAAAGUUGUGCUGAAAAUAAACGAAAUGAUAAUUACGUGAGUUCAUAGCAGUCGUUUUUCACACUGGUUGCCAAACGUCAUAAACCAGAGGAGUGACGAGGAAGAAGCAGCCACCAAAUAUAGCGAAAUAUGAUAAAAACCCUGUAAGAAAUGAGUGCAGUCCUACUCAGUUAUACUCCGUCACCCAUUACUCUUUUUAAAAGUCAAAAUUACAGAGAAUAUUCACUUUAAUGGCCGAGAUAUGGAGGUAAAGUUCUGACACUCCCUCUGAGACAUCAUCGCCCCUCUGCUGCAGAGCAUUGUGGUAAAGUUGUGUUAUAACCGAGAACAUUUUCACUUCUUAAAUCUUUAAACUCUUCUUUCAGACUCCUCCGUGGUCACAGACAGGGCACUGUGCAGUCUCAUUAUCCAGUUUAAAGAACACUGCUCACCUCCUCUGACUGCAGCCGAGGGGAUGUAGCCUUUGAGAGUGUGACAGGACUAACACACAGCAGGAUGACAUUACUUGGUUAAUAGAGAUCGCUGCUCUUCCCUUAAGCCCUCAGCAGCCAGUUAUAAUUUCUGCUGUACCUCCUUUGUUGUCGUCCCUGCGGUGUUUCUGCACAGAUGAACUGAUAGGGUUGAGAAUUGAUCUGGUUGCAGGAGAAAGAGAAAACUCAGAGGGUGUCGGUGUCCUCUUGUACACACAGAGGCAGGCUGUGUUGUUGGAAAUAUACACUUUAGGCAGUGGCCUCGUUUACAGAACCCUCAACGCGAGUGUGUGCUACACUAGUGAGUGAACUGACCAGAUUUAAGUUCAUCUUAUUGCCUGAAAGCUUCUUUGAAAUCCUAAAGUAGGCUCCUGGCAAAGAGCAUCACAAUUCAUCUUUAAUUAUUCAUCCGUCUCAUGGGAGCAGGUUUUAUUUACUCUCCACUCUGCUGGCCUCCAAGUGAGUUUGUUUAGGGAUAAUACGAACACGCAGCUGGCGUUGAAAAUAUUUCAUUCUUUGCUCUGGACGUCCACAGAGAAUAAAAUGUGUUCCUCCCUCACUGAUGAGUCUGCUGUAUGUGCAGGUUUCUUGUCAUGCUUCCUGUCAAACUGCGCGCUAACCGCAUUUAUGUGUUUAGCAGCCUGUCAGCUACACCAACACAUCUUAGAUUCAUACAAGCAGCUGCAAUGAAUCCAUAAUUUAUAAGCUGCAAUACAUAAAAUGUAAGCAUCACUGCGGGUUGCAGUCUGAACUCUAUAUUUUGAACCACAGUGAUUUCAGGAUGAAGGUUUCUACUCUCCAAUUUCGAUGAUCUGAUAGUGAAGAUGUGCUAAUUAGACACCUUUAUUGGCUGCCUGAUAGGGAUCUCGAAGCAGAUAUUACUAUUGAAAAGCAAUUUCUUUUGUCCAAUUUGGCAGCCUUAGUUAAUGUUAAUGAACUCUCAGUCUCCUCGCCUGAAUAGAGAUGGAGAUGCCAGGGGGUUCUGUGCUCAAAGCUAAAAAGGAAAAAAAAGAGCUCUGAAUCUUUCUUCUCCCGUUUUCCUUUCAGGGACUGAGCCUGCACUUGCUUGAAAUGGAAAUAUUCACACUGUCGAUGUAAAGUGCAUAGUAAAUGAGCGGAGUGUGUGGGCAAAGUAGUUAAAGUUUGAUUGGGUGUAACCCAGCCUGCACUCUCUUUAAUGAUGCCGGGAGUGUCCGCUGGAAACGGAAAAACUCAACUCUCUAUUCACUCUCCUUCAGCUUUUUUCCGUCCACGCUGUUUUCUUCUCUCUGGGAUGCUGCGGCAGCCAUCUUUGCAGGUCAUAUCAUGCCGCUCCUGGAAUAGUCUUCUGAGCUGUGGGACAGCACUUAGGGGGAAAGGUCCCAGGACAAAAGUAAAACCACCCGCUGACGCACACACAAACACACACAGACCCUUUUAAAAAAACAUCUGUUUCUUCCUCUGAAAUGGUUUGCUGAAUAUUCCCACACACCCUCGUCCACUUCCUACUCUUUCACCCCCACCCCAACCCUUCUCCUUUUCUUCACACACACACGCACACCCUCGGAUACUCUGCCUCUGGUUUCAAGACAAGGAGAUUUGACUUGCAUGAGGUCUUGGCCUAUGCAUCUCUCCAUUUAAGAAGCUUCUGCUGUGUGUGUGUGUGUGCAUUUUGUGCUCUACGUGCAGCGCCGGGGUGUGUGCUGGCGUGUAAAGCGCAUGCUAAUGCAAGCUUGGUCUUGGUCCUUGGGAUCAGACUGAAGAUGACAAUCCAGGGGGGCGCAUUGUGUGGGGCAGCAGCACAUUGAGCUCCACAGAUGGGAGGAGGAGGAGGAGGAGGAGGAGACACAGACAGAAGAGCAGAGGGCCGCCAUCCUCAGCCUCAUUUCACUUUUAACUUCGUUUUUGAUUCGCACUCGGCAGAUCCAGUAGCCACUAUGAAACCAGCUUUUGUGAGUAUUGAUUCCCUUCCAGACAGCAGCUCCACUGGAGGCUCGUUAAUCUUCUACCUGCCUUGAGUGGAUUGAAUGGGGAAAUAAUUGAUGUUUCUAGAAUCUCCUUGGAUAUCAUAUUUCAUGUGAAGUCUGUUUGAUGAUUGAAGUUCGUUGCAUUAUUUGCUAAAUGCAGCUCAAUAGAAGCUUCUUUCUCCCAUUAUUCUUCCACUUUUCUGUGUUUUCUGUUUAAACUUAAUCCUCUGCAGUAUUCAAAACUCUAAAGGAAACUCAUGCUGCAUUUCUUUCCUCCCUAUUCUGGCUGUUUUGUAUUCGCAACGUUUGUGAACUCCUCGUGGAUUUGGAGGAGCUUCUAUUUUCUGUAAGCGGGAAAGUGGCCUUGCACUUGUGUUGUGGAGGAGUUUCUCGUUUUUGACCUGCUGAGAUCAAACCAAACUUGUGGGUGUGUGUCACGGCCCGGUGCAGGCAGCAGGGCAAUCUAUUCUCUAAUCCCAACCAGGGGGAAACACAGGAGAGCCACAGGGGGGCUGUAACAUGCAGCCACUACUUAAUGUUGCUUUGGUCGAGACACAGGAGAUGAAUGUGGUCCUACAAAGGUUUCAACUUAGUGGAAAUAAAAUAGGUAUCAGUAUCCUGAUACUGGCAAAAAAAACUGAUUUACAUAAAUAUAAUCACAGUGUCUUUAGGGAAUGACUUUGCAAAGUUUUUAAGUCGCACUGACAGGACACUGUUGCUCAAAACCCUGAGUUAAACAUGGAGUUAUUUCAGGAGGACGUUGAUGGAGCUGCUGACAGUGCUUUGUCCCGCUUUAGCAUUGAGGUGUUGGCACCCGUGUCAGCUGUGGUGUGUUUGUGUUCCCCUUGAUGCCAUUCACUCGUCCAUAGUUCUCAUCAGAGCCUUGUUUCCGUGCCAGCUUGCCCAUUUGAGGCCGGUGGUCUGGGCACACUCUCUCUGCAGGAACCUUUUGUAUCACCCUGAGCGAGCUCCGCCAGGCGUCCUUCAGCUCUCCCACAUCUCUCCUCUCCGAGUUUUUCCUUUUGUUCCUGAUUCUCAAGGCUGACAAUCAACAAACACUUUCUCUUCCCUAAAUGCGAAAGUAGCUGUUGAGUUAUUUGACAGGAGCUGCAGUCCUGCUGUGAGAGGCAUGAUAAAUAGGUUCACGAGUCUUUAAUCUCGGCCAGACUAUCUCUUGUCACUGCUAGCUCUUCAGCUGUUGACCUCCACCUUCACCGCUGACUUCUGACCCUCUUUUAUUGUGUCUCCUUUCUCAUAGCGCUUCCCCUCACAAUGGGCGCCUCUCCAUUUCAGGUCUCUGUAUUGAUUUCAUCCUGCAGCACAAAAACACAUUCCUCUUUCUGUCUGCAAUUAAUUCUCAUGGCACUGAGCUUCUUAGUCCUAAACCAUAAAAUUGAGAGGCUCUGCCGUAUUGUAGAUGUGUUUUACCUUGAGGAAAUCACUGAGCCAAGUCCCCUGAUAAGGAUAGAUUCACCUUACUCCAACAUUACAUCAUACCUGCCUUCCAUGGUAGCUGCUUCCAGAUCUUAUUGGAGCAUAGCCGUCAAGUAUCUCGUAUUGGAUGGGAAACUACUGUAUUUUACCCCCCUUUCCCACCAUCCUCCUGUAUUAUAAAAUGUAUAUAUAUAUAAAAACAUUAUUCUGCCUCUCUAGACUGAACCCUGUUACUAGUGCGCCGAGAACCUACCAACUAGUAGUAGUGAGUUGUCAUCAGCUUGACAGGUAUGGUGUAGCAUUAAACUAACAUGGAGUUUUAUGUAGAUGAGUUUGUGACCAGCCCUUUUUGGGUGAAAAUUAACAAAUGUACAAAAGCAGCUUUGUUUAUCGUUGCUACGUUUUAUGAUUCCCUUGUUGCCUUAAACAUGGACAUUUUAAAACGGGGUCGUAAUAUUCCAGUUUUGUAUUGUGUUAUGAUGUUUUUCCUCUGGCCUGGCUGGUAUAUGUGUCGCCUAUCUUGUAUGUAAAUUGGGGUGUGCCAUCCCCUGCUCCCGAUUGGCUGCUCGUCCUUGUAGUUCUUUUUCCUCACUUUUUGCUCAGAUAAUUUUUAUGUUACCGGUAUUACUUAACUGGCUGAUUUGUUUGUCGUUGCCAUAGUCGUUGCUACCUUUACGUGUCAUGUUUGUGUCGCCCAUCUUGUAUGCAAAUUGGGGUGUGCCAUCCCCUACUCCUGAUUGGCUGCUCCGGCAACUACUUGGGGGCUCGUUCUCGUAGUACUUUUCCGUCGCUUUUAGCUAGGGUAAGUUUUAUAUAUCACAUUAUUACUUAACUGGCAGGGUUUUUAGCUAGGGUAAGUUUUAUAUAUCACAUUAUUACUUAACUGGCAGGGUUUUUUUUAGUUUGUGUCCAGCGCUUCUUGGGAGAAAGUAAACAGACGUACAAAACUGUUUUGUUUAUCGUUGCUACGUUUACGUGUGACGUUUGUGUCGCCUAUCUUGUAUGCAAAUUGGGAUGUGCCAUCGCGCGUUCCUGAUUGGCUGCUCAAUUGGGCGCUCGUCUUCGUAGUACUUUUCUUCGUUUUUUGCUCAGAUUAGCUUCUCUUGUCGUGAUAUUUCCCUUAUUUUCCAAACCAAAACUUGACAGGUAUGUGUUGGAGUGGAUAGUGUUCCCCUUUUCAUCGUAUCUUAGAGGAGAAGCUGAUUCUAUCUGACUAAACACAGCUUGUGUGCGUCAUAUUUACACAUAUACUGCAUCGUUCGUAAACCAGUUUACCUACAGCGUAUGUGUUAAAAGUGCAGCGCCUCUCUUAUUUCUAUCUGAAGCUGCUAGAGGAGCUAUCAGAGAACAGAAUAUAACAUAAACAUCUUUGCUUUUUGAAGAACACAGACAUGUCAUAUCUCCUGAGAGUUAAAUAAAUAACUUGGCAGCUGAAUAACGCGUCAGAUGGAGACUGCAGCUCCUUAUUGUCCCCUCUGUGGACUCUAAUCCUCCCUUCAGCAUAGACCCUGUCCCUUUUUUUUAAGAAUCAAGCACAGUCCCGUCCUCAUUAUCACAAAGCUGAAGCAGGACUGUGUAUUGAAUUUUACAUAUUGUACCCCUGAUUAAUACUGAUAUUCAUCUGUAACUCUCUAAUUGGCUCUAACCUGGGUCUUAAUAAGAGACACUUUAUGUCCACAUGUUGAGAUUUUGUAACAAACUCAAAGCACAGAAAAGUUUGAGACAGUAUUUAUCAUGCUGUUGUUGAUAUGUUUAUUAUAUCAGAUGAUCAUUUGAUGAAAGUGUAAAUGAGGUGGCUCUAGUAACCAGCCUGCACAGAUUUACCAUUUGAAUCUGCAGCUUCCUCCGGCUGUACAGAGCCCCUCAAAGCAGAUUUCAGCUCAUUGUUUGGCUGUCUGGUCCCAUUUCGAGAGUUUUGGCUCAUUCCUCCACUCCCACGGUGUUCUUUUGGCUACAGUAGGAAAGUAUUUUCAAACAGAUAGUACCCUGCCUGUCCAGCACCGAGAGAGAUAUGAGCCAACUAUGGGAAAAAAUGAUGAAUGUUGUUGUAGGACUUCCAAGUAAAAGCAUUCGUUUUUAGUUGAUAUACUCCCUUUAGAAGUUGAGGUGUGUUUCUGUUUUGUUUGUAUCAAUCCAGUCUUGCCAUCCCUGGAGUAUGAGGGAACAGUGACACUAGCAAAGACACUCGAAUACAAACUGCCUGUUUUUAUUGCUGACUCAUCCUGGUCUUUGCUCAGGUAGCAAAAAACGCUGCCAAUUCACCAACAACUUCCCAGUUUAAUGGCUGAUAGAGAGGACAUGUGGCUCUGGUAGACAGUGGUUAUACUUCAAGCUUAUGUAACUAAUCUACCAUCUGGUCAAUUUGCAGUAUCUUAAUCAACACAAUAGAGGAGUAGCACUGGGCAGAUGGGUAAUACUAAUGUUUUCCUGACCCUGCCCUUCAUCGCACACCUUGCCUUUUAUAGUAGAAAUGAUGUGUUUUCCCUCUGAGGGUGAGAAUAAUCAGAGCAGGCAGUUUGUAACAGAGAGUGAUCAUCAGAAUGAGACUCCCUCAGAGCCGAUGGACUCUUUGACCUCUUUCACCUCAUUGAAACUUCACUGAUUUAACAUCCAGCCACAGCUCUUGUGUGUAGUUGUCUUUUUGAAAUUGUUUCACUUCAAAUUUAGAGGAGGACCUUGGCAAAAAAAUUGAUAGAACUUAGGUUUAUUUUUUAGUCAGCGAAACAUGGACUCAGAAAGUAAGUAAAUCCAAGGUCCUUCAAAGUUUGAUCUAAAAGCAACUAGACUUAAACUUCUUCAAACUUGUUAACGCUCCUCCAAAAAGCAUUCUUACGUAAGAGUUUCUGUCAUUCUGGAGGUGACAUGUUGUUGUCCCUCCUCUAGCAGACAGGCCUUAUCCUCCUCUGUCCCCCCUACUCCUCCCCCACUGAUCUCCUUUCACAAUAAUACCUCUUUCCACUUGUGAGUGUGUGUGUUUACACAGUCUGAUCCAGUAGGUGGCAGUAGGCAUGUAGUUGGUUUGCAAAUCUGCCAAGAGGAAGAGAGAACAGCAGCAAGUUUGACAAGAAAUACUUCUGUUACAGACACUUUGCUUACUGUGUUAAAGCUCUUGUCCGGUCUACCUCCUUUUUAGCGCCCGUUAUUCCACCAGAGUCUCCAGUAUUUACUAAGUUUUCUUGCUUGUGUUGGCAGUCGUUGUUUCAUUCAACGGAUUCCUGCGUACCUCACCUUUAAGGGUCAAGUGUUCUUGUAGGUGGGUCUGGGUCCCUAAAUGGGAAAGUCUUUAUGUCUCCUAUUGACCAUAUUUGCAUUGCAGCCAUUUUCCACUGCUAGAUUUCAACUGGAAUUACCCGACGGUAACAUGAGCUUUCAGCCACUUCCUAGCAGUUAAGCUAAAGAGAUGUUUAAAUAAGGUCAAAAGUUAUACCAGAUUUCAGUUGGAUUUCUAUGAAGAGUUUCUCAUACGAUAGUAGCUAGUCAGAUUCUCUCUGUUUAUGCCGGAGGAAAAAAGCUGCCGCAGUUUAGGUAUAGGUGCAGAGAAGGAAGUCAAACCAAACCGUGAAUUUUCUUUUAGCAGAAUCAGAAGACUUCACCUGCCACAAAACAACGAAGAUCUAAUUCCUUUGAGAGCGUAAGACGUCCGCCUUCAUUCAGACCUCUCCUAAUCCUUUUGGGGGUUUGGCUCUGUCCUUUUCUGGGGCACUCUUUGUGGAAAUAGACGGGACCCUUUCAGGUUUCCUGAAACCCUUUUGAAAUGAUAUAAUCUAAAUGAUUAUUCAUUUCUCCCUCGAAGCAAGUCUGGAAGCUUUCGUUUGGUUUUAUUCAGUCUAAUAGCAGCUCGGUGAAAUAGAGGCAUUCUUCGAGUUAAAUUUCCGUCUCUGCUCUUCUGACCGACAUAUUUUUCCCCCCAAUUAGACACCAUAUUGCCGCUUAACAUCCACGUAGAGGCUGAUGAUGAAAACCUUACAAACUAGUGUCCUGACAGCACUUUAUUGCCUUUUAUAAUUAUAUUAACAGGGAUAUAAAACCUGUCUGGGUGCUCUGAGAGCUUUUAGGGUUUGACAUUUAGAGAUAAUGCUCUGUCUGGCAAGACAAGUACUUUCAGAUGGAAUAUUUGCAAAAAGGCCCAGUACAGAUAUAGAUAGAGUCAGAGUGACAGUAUGUGACAGCGGCACUGUCAGCUUCUACCUUUUCAUUUUCGUCUCACAGUCACCUAGCUUACUAAAUUGGUUGAAAGGGGCUUUUCUGUGUACUGAGCAGCACUUUCUUGCUGCUUCAGUGACCUGGACCUAUGAAACGAUAAACCGCCAGUGCAUGUCCAUAUAUAUAUAAAACACAGGGCAUUAGUGACUAUGCUUUGAGACACCAUCCUGCCUCGAUUAUGCAUGCAUUGUGUAAAGAUGCAUGAAAUUAAUGCAUGCAAACAUGGGUAUCAGGGCAUGUUUCAGGUAUAGUUAUUUCCCUUCUCUUUUUAGGUUCUCUGUGUAUCCCUGUAAAACAACAUGAACAUUUAUAGUGUUAUAAAGAGGACAUCUUAAUAUUAAAGGGCUUUGUAUAUACAGGAAAACUGUCAUCCCCUAAUAUAAUUCUGGUAUCAUUUCUCUAAUCUUGGCUUCCUGAGGGAAAAUUUUGCUUUCACAUUUUCAGAGAAGAGGGUUAAAUGAUCUUUUUUUGGCUGCAGAGAGAUGCUGCCACUUGCAGCUUGUAGCUAAUAGAACUGAGUGGUAUGAUUGUGAGUUAUAAAUCUGAUCAGCCAUGGACUGUUUGCUAAAGACGCCCUUCAAAUUUUUAUCAUAAAACUACUUUGACUGGUUAUUUUCUUGCCAAAGCAAACCCAAUUGCUCUCACCUGCUGUACUCAGUGUCUGUAACAUUUGAGUGGUGUGUUAUUUCAGGCAUGGGGGUAUUUCUCUGUGGUUUUUUUUUACGGUGACAGGUGGAGGUGAAACUCUGUUAGCUCGCACAGGUUCUUAUCUCUGUCUUCUGCUCCUCUUCACAGAUCGAGAAGAUCAUGACACUGAUUGGCGCCGGCAUCGAUUUCUCCAGAGAUCAGCAAUAUGCUACACCAGGUACGGUAUAAUCGUCAUCACUGCCAUUUUUACACAGUUAAAGCUCAACAUGUAGAAACUAAGGGUGUAAUUUUUUUGAUUGAAUAAUGAUAGAUGGAAGGGGAAAAAGAUCCAACUAAUCCACACCUAAGUGCAGCUUUCUUAUCUGUUUUAACUCACGUAACCAUCGGUAAAUGUAGUACUAUGCAUUGUUUUAUUGUCACAAAUGUUACCUUUUGUUAAACAUGUGCUGCCUCUCAUUCCCCACACCUGUUUGGGCGUGUGUUUGUUAUCCUUGUGCGGCUUAUUUGAUCUGUAACUGCAGCCUAAAGGGAAAUCAAGAUAAAAACAGGGGACACGGUCAAUGAAGGAGGCGCCCGAUAACAAAUUGCAAUCCUGUUUUCAACAGAGAUUUUGGCACAAUAGUGUAAUGCAGGUAGACAUAUGGUUUGUUCUGUGGAAUAAAUAAGGAUGGGGAUAGUCGCAGGUAGCUGCAGAAAAGCUGAGAGAACAACUCGAAUAAAGAGGAGGUUCACUGAAUUAAUUUAAUUCAACAAUAUUUUUAUUAGUUUUAUACAAAUAUACACAGGAGACACAUUACUAGCACCCCCUUUCCCUCAAAACCCCAUCUACAGCUGGAUAUUUCUAUUACUUUGUUUGAUUAACAAAUUGUGGAGCUAUAACAAAAAAUAGAAAAAUAAAUAAAUGAAUAAGUACAAAAAUAAAAAAAAAAUGAAAAAUAAAAAUACAAGUAAGUGCUGGAAAUCGGGUUUUAUAGAUCUUGAAAUACAUAAGAUGUUGAGAAAUAAAAAAUAAAAAGAGAAUAAGUUAAAUGAACCACUGUGGGUUAAGGGAAAUACAAAUGUAGACAAGUCGCUGAAAACUGAAAAAGUCCAUAAGAGAGAUAAGAAUUUGAGUUGUAUGAUUAUAAAACAUCACAGAAAUAUAUUUAAAAAAGAAAACACUGAAUUAAUUUAGCUCGCACUUUUUUCAAAGCAGCUCAUACAAUACAUCUGUACAGUAAUGACGUUAUGAUAAGUUAUAAGAUAAGCCCACAGAGGGCGCCAAAGUCAACAUAAACAGAAACUUCCUCACAGGAGCUUUAACUGUUGUUUGGUUUGAAGCUUCAAUCUAAGUUGCUGAAAUAAUUUCCUGGUAUUGUGCUUAAACUGAACACUAAUGUUGAAGAUUUAUCAAGAUGUUUAGUGCUAUAAUACUGAAGAAAAAGGUAACCUAAUCUUGUACCAUGAGGCGCUCUAUUGGGACAUACUAUGUUUAUUAUGAGCUGUUUGGAAAAAAGGGCAGUGCCUCCUCUAAAUCUCACUCAGAUGAAUCAGCCUGAUAAAACUCCAGAGUGUUUAUUUUCACUCUGAUUUUUACGGCUGUUUAAUGUUGGCUUUGGCGGCAUGUUUACCUUUUUUUUCUGUUUUAAGAAAAAUGCUAAAAAGUUGAAUCUGAAGCGGCAGAGACUCCGCUUUGUCACUCUCUCCUAUAAUGGUGUUGCGUUAAGUAUUCUGUACCUCCUCUCCUGUUGUUCUCCACGCUUGUCAAAACCCUGUCGUCGGGGUUGAUGGAUGACACCGGGGAACUGUAGCAGCAAACCACAAAAAUCGACUCUCAUUAUUCAACAUUCACCUCCAGUUUACACUCAUCCAGAAUUGAAUACAUUUUAGCAAAACGCAGUAAGUUUUCUCUCUCCUUAUUCUCGCUGUCUUGUUUGUUAUGCCCUUCACUGGAGUGAACUCUUUAAAUAUUAACCGUUACGCAUGUCUGAGGAUGGGCUCAUGUUGCUUUGGAGACUCAUGGAAAGCUGAGACCACUGCAGUGAAGAAGUUAGCCCCUCAUCAUUGGCUGUCUGCUGUGAGUCUCUUUACUGUAUAUGUGAGUGUUAGUGUAACAGCCGCCGUGCCCAGAGCGCCGUCUCAAUAGGACUGUCAGGAGACCAUCAAAGAGAAGCUGCUGGUGAAGCGAGGAGCCGCACCACUUUUUUAAUCCCCUCUCUGAUUCAGUUCAGCGUUCGCCUCCUUGCUGUGUUGACUGGAGAGCAUCUGAUUGGCUCUGUGCCCGCAGUCUCUUGUACUUUUCUCCUCUCAGCUGAUUGACUUAUACAUCAGAGUGAGAGAGAGGAGGAGGAGGAGGAGAAGGAGGAGUGUGAAGGGAACCUAACGAGUGAAAGAAAAAGGGGCUCAUGUACAGAAGCUGCAGAAGCUCAUAGCAAACGCUCAGAGUAAUGAGGGGUGGGAGGUCUAUGGUGGCGCUGACAAAGAGCAGCCACCUGCAGUGAGAGGGGAGAGGGAGGAAGGGAGGGAGGGAGGAGUGUUCAAUGAGGAGAGAGAGAGAGAGGGAGUAAAGGAGGAGAGAGGAAGAGCAGGCAGCCGGAUAGAGAGCAGCCAGGACAAUAGAAGGACGCUACCUUUGCAUCUGGAGGAUCUGCCAGGAGUGGACUACUGCUGCUGCUGGAUGCAACUCAGUCUGCGAAGGGGACGGUUUGAUCACUUCACUGUCUGCAGGAGGGCUCGCAUAGGGGGAGAGAUAUUACCAAAGUGCUCUUUGAAGCAGCUGAUUGGAUUCUUUCUUUUUUUUUUCUUUUUAUGACAAGUUUCCGAGCUUCUGGAGUGACCGAAAUUGGACCUUUCUUUAAAAAAUGAGGAGGGAAAAAGAGGCUUUAAGAUGUGCAUUCUUCACAGAAACUGAAUGUAAAGUUAGCAUGCAUGUUUUCUCUGCUGACGUCUAUCACAGUUUUGUGAUGAGUGUCUGUGUUAAGAGCAGAAAGAGGGUUUAGUCUGUUAACUUGUGGUUAAACAAGCAGUGACUCUUUUCCAAGUGUAGAAAUGUGUGUUUUCUGCUUUACCAGUCAGUUAAAAACAUACCAGUCAUGUAUUUCCAUCAGUAGAAGCGAGUGUUUGUCCUUGUACCAGUUAGGCUCCCCUCUGCUCGGCCGCUGACAGCUGUCAGUGCAGCUUUUUUACUCUAUCAAUCUCAGCCGGUGACGAGCGUGUUGCAGGUUUCAGUCCAUCCUGCUGCUUUCCAUCGCUGUCAAUCUCAGGACUAUUCCUGUCCCUGCUGUCCGCGGAUAUUUAUUCUGAGAAAUUGGGUCUGUAAAUAUGGGAUGACCUUGUUCGGUGUUUAACUGUCUCCUGUUUCAUCACUCCAAGUUUCUGAAGAAGUUUCCAUGCGGUGGACAAAGCUUGAAAAGUGAAAGAAAACUUAUAAGCGCCCAUUUUUAUGACUCGCUGCUUUCCUCUCUGACCUGUCAGAGCUGUAGCGUUAAGUUUUGGACUGGAAAUGCUAUCUCCUGACAAGCCUCACAUGUUCCUCAGUGACUAUUUCAGCUAGUUACCGUGCCGCUGGUAGCCUCCAGGCUGUGUCUCUCACCCUCUCCUUCACCCCUGAGAUCAGGGGUUCUUAAAUCCAUAUUGGGUGAUUGUGGUUCGGCCCCCGCUGCCCUGCGGGAGCUGACGCCCUGUUCACACAGGACCCUGUCUCCUCCGCCGUCCUGCUGCUGGUGCGCUCGGCUCUGCUGGCCGAGAAUGAUGUGGCAAUGUCACGUCUCCUCCUCAGAGUGCCGCUGCUACCGGCUCAAAGGUUUCUCCCUCCUGAAGCGUUUCCCCCUGUCAGCAGGUGCUGCGGGCCGGCUGCUGGACCAGCCUGUGGGGGACUGGCUAGAGCAUGUGGGGCUGCCGCAGUACGAGAGCAAACUACUCCUGAACGGAUUCGAUGAUCUGCACUACAUGGUGAGUUCUUUUCUGUCUUUUCUACUCCCUUUUUUCCUCUUUUCGUUCCUCACUUUUCUGAUCGUUCGUCUCUUGUCUUUUUCCACUCACUCCCACUUCACUCCAGUUUGUGUCUUUGUGCAUUAAUCCAAUUGGUGCCACCCUCCAUUAGCAGUUAGAUGAUCCCAUUAGCUUCAUCCAGAGUUCAAUUAGCUGAAAUCCUGUAACAGCUCCUCUCCUCCUCAGACGUCUCACUCCCUUCAGUCGCUGUGAGUUGUUUUUAAAGGCACUGUUAAUUAUGUGUAGAGUCAGCACAUUAUUCACUCCACAUCACGACCUUUGAACGGUUGUACGGGUUCAACUUCGGGUGGUACACAGCAGUUUUAAUGUGCUGUCACAUAUUUUGUUUACAGCCUCUCUGAAAUCAUCUCAGCUGAUUGGUUGCCUGUAAAUUUCGGUGUGUUUUGCACUCUCAGACAGCCUCCAUCAGACUGUCUCCACAGUUAGCGGGCCCGGCUGCCUGAGAAGCAGCUGAUGCACGGCCAGAACUGUGGAGCUCAGAGUGAGAAAUGGGACGCUGUUGCCAAGCUGACACGUUUAUAGAGCCCACAGUGUGAGACGCCACUAUGAGUUGGCUGUGAUGCUUUUGUCAGUUAUGAAGACUGAUGGAGGGCGGGACCGGGGGCCCAGCUGGUAGGCUGAACCAGUGCGCAUGUUGGAAAUCAGACAAGGAUGGAAACUACUUCAUACAACUCCUCUUUAACACAGAAUCAUGUGUUGUCAAGCUUCUUUUAAUCCAAACAUCAAACUUAAAAUGAUUGUAUUAAACACAUAUUUGCUUUUAAAGUCAUUGGUAGACAUCUGCUAUCAACAACAAUCCACUUUAGUCCUCAUAUGUUACUACAAUACAAUCCACAGAAUGAAUAAUAGCUAUAUUAAAGUUUGGGCUCACAGGAUCACAAAGUUAUAUUCAUUCUAGCCAGAUCCAGGGUGCUGCAUUUAUCAUUUUAAUCCAAACUAGAAAAAAAUAGACUUGGUCAAGUAAGCCAUACUCUCAUACUCUCAUACUGUCUUUAAUCUGACGUCAGGUUCAGACCGAGUCUCACAGAGUUAUUAAAAUGAGCUCUUCAGAAAACAUGUCAGGAGACGAUGCCAUAUCUCAAGUUUGCUAAGCUUUUGUUUGGUCGUUUAGCGUCUACCAUCAUAUGUCUGUGUUAAAAACAGAUCAACAUAACAGGUCUCCUUUAAUACCUUUAAAACAGAUGGAUCAGGUGUCACCCUCUGGAUUUUGUGGCCGGCUUUAAGAGGACCCUCAAGGAACUGUGGCUUUUUGCACAACUGAAUUGACACCAAAUGUUGCAGCUUAAAACUCAGUUUUAUCCCUAAAUCUUGACCCCUCUGCACACUGACCAUAAACCUAUCUUUCAUUCAUUUCUCCUGGAAGCCAGAUAUCAAGUACUUGUCCAAAAUCAACAGCCAACUGUACAGCCACAGUGUCAUUUAAAUUAACAGAACAAAUUGUGAGACAUUCUCAUGAAAUAAGUCCCAAAGUGAAGCCCACGCAAAUCCGAGGGGGAAAAAACAUUUUUUUUCUUUUUCCUGUUAUCCAGCAGAAGGUUGUAUCUUCAAAGGUAUUUCAUGAGCCGACAGAUGUUUUCUGUCUGCCUGUGAAGAUAACACGCUCGCUCGAGGUGAAACCAGUGUUUAAAGCUUCAAACGCCACACAGGCUCCAGAAUAUUUAAAUGAAGGUAAACUGCUUCAAAAAAUCGUGACAACAGGAGGCACAAGCUGAACCCAACUCCCAGAGAAAAGAUUAGGGUAAAGUGUAAAUAUUGGGGUGAUUAAAAUGAGUUCAAAUAAUAAUAGCAAACAUGUUUUACUGUCAUAAAUAGUGAAAUAAAGUUAGAAACCUCAAACUGAUGAAUACCAAAAUGAAUUUGAACAUUUGGUGCUCUGAUCUUAAAGCUGUAGUAGCCAGCUGUGCCUGACUUCUUUUAGGAUACGAUCCACGAAUCAUCUUUAAUCUACUUUGCAUAACUUGAAAAAAAGGAGAAAUCCUCCAUUUAUCUCCUUUCUCCCUCUCUCUCUCUCUCUCUCUCUCUUUCUCUCUCCAUCAACAGCCAUGUUUAACUCUGCGUUGAAGCCUCUGAAGUUACUCUCAGAAUUUAAUCUUCCUACUGUCUUUGAGUCUUUCACACUCUCCUUCCUCAGCCUCGAGUCCUCUUCUUUUCAAAGGAGGACAUUUUUCUAUCUUUAAACACAGGUUACUGCUCACCUGGCUCUUUGAAAUCACCGGAGGAUUAAGGAGAAAAUAGCUGCAGCAUUUACACAGUGUCCUUCCCUCACUUAAUGUUAACCUUUUUUCCCCCCAAGAAUCACAAUUUGGACAUGAUUAGAAAAGAAUUACUGUCUGAGUCACCUUGAUUUUACUAAACUUCUCCACAUGUGUUGAAUGAGCUGUUGAAAGAGAAAUACUGAACCCUGAAAAAUAACAUAUAUCUAUCUAUUAGUCUGUCCACCCUGAACAUUUAUAAGUCAAGUUUUCUGAUAGAGACUCACUCAGUCAUCCUUCAUUGAAUCACCUAGUGGGACUUUAAAUGGUAGGAAAUGUAAACAAAGUUUGUGUGGUGAUAAUAAGCACUAAAAGUGCUCAGGAGGAAUGAUCAGUCUUGCUGCUAAAGCUCUCAUUUGCUUAAAGACACAGUAUAAAUUUUAAAUAAGCAGCUAUAGUCUCCUCACAUGAGCGUUACACUCAAAUGCCUUUAAAUGAAUGUUAAAGAAAGAUAAUGUUACAGGAUUUUUAGUCAUUUCUAACUAUGUUUAAUAUAGUUGUUCAGCUGAUAUUUGUUGUUCUGGCUUCAUAAUGAUCAACACCUACUUUUACAAAAGUCAUUGUGUUAUGGCUGACUAAGAUUUAAUUAGGAAUCAUACACUGAUGUUAUUUUCUCUUUAUAUUUGAGCAGUGACACUACACAGUCGCUGGGAUAGGAACAGUUGCAUCUUUUUCAUCAUCAAAUUUAGAAAUUAAUUGAUAAUUGAACAGCAAACUGAAGCGGUGAACCGGCUUGUCUGAAAUGAGCUGCUUUAAUCUUCUCAUGCAUAUAAAAAGCGUUGGAAAAACAAUCAUUGAGAAACAGCCGGAGCCAAUGUGCAGCAGAUCACUAAUUAAACAGUGUUUACUCUGCCAUUCAGGCUGCUGUGAUCUCUGUCUAUCCUGCAGGCUCGCUUUAGAAGCGGAUCAAUAACAGCGGUGAUUGUAUUGUGUUAAAGCACCGAGGCGGAGGCAAGCCUCCUCUGAAACCAAUUAGAAGCUUUUAUCGACUCGCGGUGCAAAUGUCCCCAUGAAACAGGAUCAGUGUGGCCACGCUGUUCUGCGGCACUUACUGUUGCUGACAUGUAAUACCUGUCGACGCUAAACAGUUCAUUUUCGGUACAGUCUACUCACGAUCGCUUCUCCUUACAGCUGUAACGUUCAGCAGAGUCACUUAGACAUUUUGCUCUGAGUUAGUUUGUAUUCAAGAGAACAAUAAGGCUGAGGCACUUCUGGAAGGACAACAUUUGGUUUGCAGUAGCAUAGAGUCAGCGUGGGAGUCCUCAACCUCAAAGUUUCUACCUGAUUAUCCUUGUUUAUCAGAGUUAUCAAUUUAUUGAAAGAUUUGUGAUCAGAUCAUCAAGAUUCAGUUUCAUUCGUCAAUAUUAUCCCCAAACUCAGACCUAGCAUCGUUAGUCAGACUGUAAAAGUGGAAAUCAGCAGAAAAUUAAGGGUAACUAACUAUAUCAGAGGUGCUAUUUUCAGACGACGGUCAGCACGGGUGCGAAUCACUAGUAACCCCAUGAUACAAUAGUAUCACGAUACUUGGGCCAUGAUACGAUAUUAUUGCAAUACUUGGGCUGUGAUACGAUAUUAUCACGAUACUUGGGCCAUGAUACAAUAUUAUCAUGAUACCUGGGCCUUGAUACGAUAUUAUCAUGAUACUUUGACCAUGAUACAAUAUUAUUGUGAUACUUGGGCCAUGGUACGAUAUUAUCACGAUACCUGGGCCACAAUACAAUAUUAUCAUGAUACCUGGGCCUUGAUACAAUAUUAUUGCGAUACUUGGGCCACGAUAGGAUAUUAUUGCGAUUUUUGACAUUUUGUGAUUAUUGCGAUACAAUAUACAAUAUAUUGAGAUCUAUACAAACAGUUGAUUUUAUUUUUCCAUUAUCAUAGAUUUGAUUUCAUAUUAGCAAUAAAUUUGAAAAAUCAAAACUUGGUAAAGGAGACGAUAUAUCACCAGACAAAAUAUCGCAGUACUAUGCUGUAUCAAUUUUUUCUCCCACCCCAAACAGUCAGUGGGUCCCAAGAGAAGCCGUAAGAAACAUAUCAGGUCUUCAGUUUUGCACCAGUUUCUGCUCUCUUAUUCUCCUGUUGCUGUUAUUUUCAGUCACUGGACAAAUGCAUACUGACUUCAUUUCCAAUAGAGUCACUGUUACCAAAGCCUGUAGGUAAGUUAUGGAUUCAGUAAUGGCGUCACGCCCGAGCAGCUCAAGGAUUGCAAAUGGAUUAAUAGAUUUUUCUGUUGGGCUAAUGGCGGUGAUGUAUAGUCAAUUUAUCUGCUUGAAAAACACGGAUGCAGGAAGUGGACGAGUUAAUUUAUUGAACCUUCCUGCGAUUUCUUGGCACUCUUUCCUGGUAGCCUUUUUUUUUUUUUUUUCCACUGGCCUGUGCGGUCUUUUGACAACCUUUUUAGGAGGACAAGCUAUGAUUUCAGUGCUGUUGGUUGGCUGUCCUCUAGAAGACGAGGAUGACUGAUCCGUGCCCUCGAGCCCCUGGCCUGAAUUCAGAGUGCUUUUAAACCAGGGGGACUGCUGUGGCUGUUCUCUGGAUCGGCCGAAGAGAGAGCAGCAUUUUAAUGAGAGAACAGAGGAAAGCAGAGAUGGAUGGGCUGCACGGGCACAGACACAAAGCCACAUACCUCUCUCUAAUCUAGAUGUAUUCUUUUUCGGCCCUGUUGUGCUGAUGUCAGCUCUCUUUCGGCUAAUGUAUUCACACUUUUUAGACCCGCUGAGCCACUAUCUGGGAAAAAGUUGAACCACAUUGGUCAGAAUUUUCCCCAUUGGUUGUCUCCCAAAGUGUUAAUUUGGGGAUAAAUAGCUCGUCAAAAAACAGAGGAGGCAAACGCUGUGUGAAUGACUCAGCUACAUUUCAAGGACUUUAUAAACCCUCAUCAUGCUGUUUUUAUGAGGGAUAGGGUGCCUUGCUUGAAGCUUGGUGAAUUUUUCUCAUAUAGUGUCAUUAAACUGACUUUGGUGUUUAGGUCUUGCUUUCUUUAAAUUCACUAAACCAUGCGGUACAAGGUGUUGAGUCCGGUCUCUGUGCUCGCACUCUGCUCGGACUUUCAAUUAAGAGGACAAGCGGACUGUAGGACACCCUCUAUAGUUUUAUUGGCAUCUACUGCGUGAGCUGCCUCCUAUAAGUACAACGAAAAAGCAUAAAAUGCAGAGAGGGGUGUUUUAGUGUGUUAUGGUGUUUUACCCAGAAGAUGGUGCUUGCAGGAGUGAGCAGCCGCUUUGCUGCUCAAAGCAUGCUGGGUACACAGCAAUGUGAACCAGGUCUCAGCAGCUUUUCUCCUUCAUUAGGUCAGAAUCAUGCAUCCCAAAGAUGAUGCUAGUGUACAGUUCAGUGAAUAAACCUGAUAGAGUGUUAGUUCAGUUGAGAUUCACUGAAACAGUCCUGUAUACAAGUGUGACUUACAGUUAUCCUUGAUUUUAUUGAACUUAUAACUCAUAAGUAGCCACCUCAUGCACCACUGUUUCAAAAUUUUCUCUCCAAACAGUAAAUCAAUGAUUUAAAUAUUUGGUAAUUGAUUGCCACAGAGCCGACAGGAUGAUAGAUGUGCAGGAUAAUCAUUUCAGCAUUCAUAUCGCUCUCCUGGACUAAAAGUCCUGUGCCUGAGAGACGUUUGUUUUGACAUCAAUGGCUUUUCAUCACAAAAUAUCGAGACAUGCCACAGCAGCUGCAGCAGAAAAGAAAUGACAUUUUUUCCCUGUGCUUGAGGAAGAAAACUUUAGCUCUAAAAAGAACUGGUGAAAUACAAAGAAGAAAUAAAAGAGCUGUAUAUAUAUAUAUAUAUAUACACACGUCCACAGUGCCUAGGAGUAAAAAGAGCAGAAAGCAACCCUUAAAAUGUGAGCAAAUAGUGUCAAUUCAGGGUGUUCGAGCUCUACUCCUCCCCACAGAGCCAUUUAUCAGCUCAUCUCCAGUGAGACAGUAAUGCAAUGAUCCAUGCACUGUGAAAGUGCUAUUAUCCAUCCAGCUCUCCAAAUAGCUUCAUCCUGAGCUGGAGAGGGAGCGAUCAGCGUGUUGCUGCUCACAGAUAAUGAGCUCUACGCUGUCAGUUUAGAGCCGAGUAUUAAGAAAUGAAAGAGGUUGAGUCAUGAUGCUCCGUAUGAGCUGCAGCUACAGCAGGGCGCUCUGUCUCUCCACACUUAGAGCUGAUGUCACUUCCUGCUUUUGGUCUUAACUUUUAUUUCCUGCUUUCUGUCUGUCUUUGUGCGUUUUCCUUACUUUCUGGUUCUUUUAGAUUUAUUUGCUUUCUGUCUUUCUUUUGCUCUAACCAUUGUUACAUCUUUUUAUCUGCAUCAUGUCUCUGUCACUCUCUUUUCUUGCCUUCUCCCUGAACAAAAUACUCCCAGACAAACCAAUUUAACCGUAUCAUAUCACCAACACGCUUAUUCUGCACGCUAACGAUGAAAAACAAUGUAUCAGAGGCUUACUCAGCAAAUUUGUGAACACCAUUAUGAUUCUACAAGCAGCGUCACACGGCUUACUUUGCAGUUUAACAUCACCGAUAGGCUCGCUCCUCCUCUCCGCUCAUCCGUCCCUCUUGUUUGCAUAGACAGCGUCUGCAUGAAAAACAGGCCAUCAGGUUUGACCUACAGACAGCUCCUUGCCUAUCCUGUCUCUGCUCUGUGUGUGUGUUUUGUGUGUGUGUGUGUGUGUGUGUGUGUGUGUGUGUGUGUGUGUGUGUGUGUGUGUGUGUGUGUUUUCGUGUGUGUGUGUGUGUGUGUUUGUGUGUGUGGAUUAACUUGCAGUUGAUAUUGGAGAGUCAGCUACAUGUGCCCUGAGCCGUCACAAUUUGUUCCUGAGGCAGCGUCAUGAUACUUUAACACACGAGGAGAAGUUGCUGACCCCUUUUUGUAGAGUUACCAAGCAAGCAUUUAUGGUCAAUAAGACAGACCUGAGGAUCCUAUUGGCCUCUUUUAUCAUCGGGUACUGUAGUGUCAUGUUGUAAGGACUCAUUAUCUUGACAAUCAAAUCCUGAUCGACAAUUCUCAAACGCAAAAUUAGAUUUCGGACAACAGGAGGGAUUUUUCUUUAAAAUAUUUUAGAUUAGGAUCGUGACUUGUAACUCUUGGAUUAAAGAUACUGUAGAUAGGAUUCACUCUCAAAAAACUGUUUUACUCCUUCGUCUGUGGGUUAAGUGGCUAUGAUGUCAUUAGCAGCCUGAUUAAAGGAGCAGUUCAACAUUUUUAAAGGAAUACUACAAAACCCAGUAGGAGAUUAACUUUUUAUUAACAUUUUAUUGAUUUUAUUUUUGUGUUUGUUUUUAUUUGAUUUUACUGUGUUUUAUCUCAUUUUAUUUUCACCUUACCCAUUGUGCUUCUGUUGUGUUUUUUAUUGUAUUUUUAUCGUGCUUUGCAGCACUUUGGAAACCUUGCGUUUGCUUAAAUCAUGCUGUAUAAAUAAAAUGGAUUGGAUUGGAUUGGAUGGAAAACCAUUGUAAGCAAUAUCAUUAUGGCUCUUAAAGAUACCAUAAGUAAAACACUGAGAGGAAUUUUAUUGCAGAUAUCCAAAAUGUUAAAUUUGUCCUUUAAAGACUGACAAUCAUGUUAACCAGGAAGAACUGAAUUGCAGUUUUCUCCAGUUAAAUCCAGUCAAGCUUUCAAAAACUUAAAAUACUAUUUUGGCUACAUCUACUUUUCUGCUAAAAUCUGCUAAAACUGAUAGUCAUAAGUAAACUGAAAAUCUCCAAAUCAGCGGAAAAGCUUGUUAACAUACAAACUGUAAAUUUGGAAGUUGCUCAUUAUUGUAUUACUAGCUUUCUUUGCUAACUCCAGUCAGUAUGAGUUAACUGUCUUGUUAUUUUAACUUAACUUUGUUUGGAAAUACAACCUUUUUUUAAACAUUGCAUUAAUUCUGUAGAAACUAAUCUCAUCUGUCAGAGUUACUAAACUACAAAACCUUUUGUUCUGAUAACCAUUCAUGCUAAUACUUCCUUUAUGGUUCGCAGGAAGUCUUGGUAGAGUCCUUUCAAAAUAAAAUCCAAACUGAAAAAUGAAACGACGAAGGUUUAAGGUAGUGAAAAGCCAAAGUGAGCCUUCCAGUCUUUCCUAACAUGUCUCGGUGUUUUGAUUUUCUCCCUGCAGCCGUCACUUACAGUCCGAUAUUGAUGUGUCGUAUUCCCCCUCUCCAUCUCAUAUCGCUGACCACUCUGCCCCUCUGACAUUGAUUUAUCGCUCCUUUCUCCAUUAUCCAUUACCUGCCACACGGCCCCAAAGGUGCUGCUGUGUGUAACCAAAGAUGGGCUUCACCAUCAUUCACACACAUCUCUGUCAGCCCCACCCCCCCACACACACACACUGAAAUACAGUACACAUCCCAUUUCAGGGGUUAUCGAUAAGGGCUCCACGCUCCAGUCAGUUGGUCUGUUUGUGGGGGAAGGGUUUAAAGAUGUCACACAAGAGGAAUGAAUCUUUUUUUUCUGCAGUGGUAGCAUUACUUAUGAAUGACAGAUUCUUUAAAUGCAAAACUAGAUGUGCCUUUUUCGUGUUAUGUUCUCUUACUUGUACAUGUUCACUUGAGUAUUUUUACAAAAUUAAGGCUUUUAUUCACCAAAAUCCCAUUUUUGUUUUUCAUUCUACAGGGGAGCAAUGUCAUGGAGGACCAGGACCUGAGAGAAAUUGGGAUCACGGAUCCGAGCCACAGAAAGAAGAUUCUGCAUGCAGCGCGUUCACUGCCCAAGGUGACACACCAUUGAUUACCUGUUCAGUACUUGUUUCAUCGUAGCAUUACCUGAUUCAUCGUCUUUUAUUGUAUCUGAUGUUUGAUCACAAGCCUCCAGUCUUUUCUUUGUAACAAGACAAAGGCGCAAUGAAGGGAGGAAAUGGAGUUCACGUCUCUCUAGUCUAAUCCCAAGAACAAACGUUGAUGCAUUUGUGCUUCUCAUAAGUGUUUCAGUUUGACUCUGCUCCCCUUGUUGUGCUUCAUUCCAAUUUUUAGGUCCAUAUUAAUAAUUUAGAGUAAAUUGACCAGUGUUUUUAUUUGGUAAUCCAAUAAAUGUAGUGAAAUUAACUUUAUAACACUGACUUUAAGAGCUACUAUUUAAUUAAUGCUGCUCUGCUACAUCAGUGUGGUCUGAAAUCAUGACUUAGAUGUAGAAAACAGUUUCGUACUGCUUAUUCUGUGGAGUAAUAUCUUUGAUUUAGUUGUAUCCACAAGUUUGUGGGGAUUUGCAUGCUUUAAAAAAAGUGCUCAGCUGGCUCUUGUUCUGCAGUUUCCCACCGACAUCAAUCUGAUAAACCUAACCUGUAUGCUUAAGUUUUUUGUCUUAAGAGAAACAAAGCAGCUGUAGAAUUUAAUUGAAUAGCAUCAUGUAAAUAAUUGCUGAUUUUGAGGCUCAAAGAUGGUCAUGCAGUAUUUCACAGUAAAGAUGAGAAUGAAUUUAUGCAACAAAAUCUUGUUUUUCCAUCAUUUUUUAUCUCAUUUAUCACAUCAUAGUUAUAUAAUUUCCACUUCAUCCUUUGAGUUUGCUAUAAACUGUCAAGCUGUUUGGAUUCUGUAAUGUCUGAAUCCAGGAUUUUUCACUUAAAGUUAAGUUUUUUGCUUUAACGUUCGUUUAUUUAAUUGCUAAAUUAAGCUUCUUAACUAAAGUAAGACUGGGUAAUUUUACUAUAUCUAGAUGUUGUUUCAAAGCCUUCAUAGCAUUCGUGACUGAGUCUGUCUGUCUCCAGGUGAAAGCUCUGGGCUGUGACGGCAGCAGCUCCCUCUCCUCAUGGCUGGAGAAUCUGGGCCUUCACGAGUACUUGCACAACUUCCUGGCCAGCGGCUACCGCUCUCUGGACUGUGUCAAAAACCUGUGGGAGCUGGAGAUUGUCAAUGUGAGUCACAGUGACAUAUGUGGACUUAGGGGAGUAUCGGAGGGUGAAAUUAGUUUCAGAGGGUGCAAAGGAAAACUCAGGAGAAGGGACAAGUUUGGCAUUUGGGCUUCGGUGUGGCUGUGUUGAAAACACAAACUUUGGAGGCAAAUUGUGGAAUAUAGAACUUCAUUUUGUGGAUGACAGAUGGAAAUUAAGUAUGCGGCCUUGUAAGAUGACAGGUUAAUGUAAAAAGAUUGAGAACGGACCAAAGAUGUUUCACUGAAAGUUGAUUUUAAUCGUAUAUUCAGAGUCUCCUCCAGGGUCAGAGUCUCCAAAAGUUAAAGGGAAGUUUUUAUUAUGAGGUCACUUGAUUUUUCUUGGCAUCUCUCCGACUUUCCAGCUCUUCUGCUUCCCAAAAUGCUUCCUCACACGUUCAACAGAUAUUCCCUCUCUCCUCCAGGUGCUGAAGAUCUCCCUACUUGGCCACAGGAAACGAAUCAUCGCCUCAUUAGCGGAGAGACCCUAUGAGGAGCCUCCAGUCAAGCCUCCUCGGUUAUCUCAGAUCAGGGUGAGUUUGUUUCACUGAAGGUUUUCCCUGUUUCUUAGUUCAAUCUCUUGUUUUUUCUUCCUCCUGUGCAGGAAUUUUCGCAGCUCUUUUCAAAGAUGAGGGACAGUCUUUCAUUGUUCGUCUCACAAUGAGAUGUUUCCGACUCUUCUUCCGCAGUGCCAAGACCUUCCUGGAUCUCAAUCCUCGUCCCCCCUCAGCCAGAUGGAUUCAUACUCCGGACGCUCAAUGGACCCCCUGCUGCCAGCUGGAGAGCCAGGGAGGAAAAAAGUGCCAGAGACCGACUAUGACGUCACCCAAAGAUAUCGCAGUGACAAACACCGAUCACACGUACGUUCUGGUUUAUAUCUUUGUUGUUAAGUCUCAUGAAGCCAUGUUUCUGAUUUAGGUCUUAUGAUAUGUUCUCUUUAUUUAUGUUUGGCAGGAGAGGUACGAAGAGCGGCAUCGAGAGCCUCGUCUGACCCUGAGGCCGCCCAGUCUGGCAGCCCCAUAUGCUCCAGUUCAAAACUGGCAUCAUCAGCCUGAGAAGCUCAUCUUUGAAUCCUGCGCCUAUGAAGCCAGUGUAUGUUUAUGCUUAUUUUUCUCCUAUGAUGCAAUUUGCUCUGAAAAUAUUUCAUUCAUGUAUUCCUCUCUCUCUCUCUCCUUUUCUCUUUUAGUACCUCGGUUCCAUGCUCAUCAAGGAUCUCCGGGGUACUGAGUCAACGCAGGAUGCCUGUGCCAAAAUGCGGGUAUGAGACACUCGCUGCUUUUUUAAUCUCAGGGGUAAAAGUAUGAGUAAAUGUUACAUUUGAUACAGUGUGGUUUGCUUUCUUUCCUUCAGAGGUCCACAGAGCAGAUGAGGAAAGUCCCCACCAUCGUCCUCUCCAUCACAUACAAGGGAGUGAAGUUCAUCGAUGCAGCCAAUAAGGUCAGCUGGGGAAUCCUCUUAUGUCAUGUUAUCCAACAAAUUUACAGAUAACAUUUGAGCUCCUGUUGGGAACUUUGAGUUUAUUAAGUGACACCCCAUAUCUCUUUGUUGGUCUUAUCCUGGACACUUGCUUUUAAAAAAUAUCCUCUUUACUUUCCACAAUCACAUGUAUCAGUCAUCAUGCAGGGUUCCUACGCAAGUAUUGAAAAGUAUGGAAGUAAUUUGAUCAAUUUCCAGGUCUUAAAAAGUAAGGUUAAUGAAAAAUAAAGUAUGUAAAAAUACUUAUGUUAACAGACUAUAUUACCACAGUUAUAAAAUACUGUUUUCUAAGAUAGAAAAGUAGGUAUUUCCAAAAAUAAUUCUAUAUAGUAGGGUAUGGAAAAGUAUGGAAAUUCCAACUGUGUAGGAACCCUGAUCAUGUCUAAAGUCUUUGCUGUGAAAAUGUAAAAAACAAAAGUCUGCCAUCUGCAGUUUAUCAUUUUGUUUGGCUCCUGAUCUGCAGCAGCAGAUUCAGACAGUAAUGAAAUAGUCUGUCUUGUCAAUUGUGGUCUCGUUGGCUCUUGAAGGUCAUAAAGGGGCAUGAGAAUUAAAUUUAGACUGUUUUAUGACCGGGGCUGCUUCUAGUGAAAGUGGGGCCCUAAACCAGUCCCUCCACAACAACUGACCAGACACGUCAGUGCACAACAAGGUGUUAUUUAUAUUCUGACAACCGCAUUCUGUAAGAAAAAACAUUUUUAGAGCAUUGUAGAUUUUUCUUACAUCUGAAAAAAUCAACAAAAAACUGAUUCAAUUAAAAUUUUGAAAGUGGAAAACAUCGUCCGCAGACUUUUGUUUUCAUCUGCAAAUGUGAUUUUAUUAUUAAGUCUUAUACAAGAUAGUUGAUUCUUGAUCACUGCUCACUUUGAUUAACACACGCACCGUCACUCGCCUCCACCAACAUAGUCACAGAGACACAUCAUGUACAGAAAACAAUAAACACUAAACAGCUGUUUGAGUGGACAGAGUGUGAUCACAGUUUGCAGAGGCUGCCAUCAAUCAGCUGAUCCUGGACUGUGUCGUAUCCCGGUACUAACUCUCUCACUGCCUCUCUUCUUCAUGCAGAACAUCAUCGCAGAGCAUGAGAUCCGCAACAUAUCAUGUGCCGCCCAGGAUCCAGAAGACUUGUGCACGUUUGCCUACAUCACCAAGGACCUACAGACCAACCAUCACUACUGCCACGUGUUCAGCACCGUAGACGUGGUGAGAACGCCCUCUCUGUCUUAGAUUAUGUCUACUUCUUUCAGAUGAGCGUUACAUAAACAUGACGGAGGAGAGAAGUGUGGAGAUUUUUCCUCACUUGUAAAUUUAAAUUCCUCCGACAUCAGCUCGCGUAUUCACACUGAGUAGAUGUGACAACAUUAUCUCUAAACUGCCCGAUCUCCUCAAGGUGUCAUGCUCCAGUUGGGGUUGAUUGCCUCCCUGUGCUGCUCCGGCCAUGAUAACUAGCCCUCCAUUACUUUCCUCAUCCCCGCUGAGAUCUGAUGAUUAUCCUGCUAAUCUGCCUUUUAAUGCAGCCUCAGCCUCACAGUGUUCCGUUUCCAGUCUAUAGCUCUUUGAGACAAUGGCCGCCCUUUAGCUGAAAGUGCUACAACAGGGUGAUAAGCAUCCAAAACCACAUCUGCCAUGAGAUAUUUCAAGCUGAAUUGAUCAUAGCUGCUGUUAUCAUCCCCUGCCAGACACCAUACUCCUCACAUAAAGAGAAUAAAGGGCUGAUCACGUCCUGUCUGGAGCAUUAAGUUAGAGCCACAUCAGGGUAUCUAGCAAACAGGGGUAUUUGUCUCAAGGAACUGAUAUGCGAGUUGUUUCAGCAUUCUGUUUCUGCUGCAUUUGAUUGCUUUUAAACUUAACUGUGAAUGCAGAGAGAAGCUCCAAUCCUCUGUCUUUAGUCUGAGGUGCUUUGUCAUAUUCGGAAGCUGUCAGGAGUCUAACAAUAGAGUGCAGCAAGCAGCAGCUUAUAAUACUAAGCUACAGCAGAUGAAUCCACUUCAGGUACUGAGGGGGGCUGCUUGCUGCUGCAGAAUUCUCCAGAGAUUACUGGCACUUCUUUUUAUGCAAUUUUGUUUUCAAGAGGGGAAAGAAACUCUGUUCUGGUUCGCUUUGCUGUCUCACUGCAAACUAAAACAAAACCGAAGAAUAACACCUUGAAAUAUCCCGCCUCUUCGUCUUUUUUUUUAUCCCCAGAAUCUGACCUAUGAGAUCAUACUGACACUCGGUCAGGCGUUCGAGGUGGCCUAUCAGCUGGCUCUGCAGGCCCAGAGGACCAAACACCAGAAUCUCCCGGUGGGACAAGGUUCAGAGGUCAUUGAGACCAAGUCCAGCAGACCUGUGCCAAGACCGAGAGGCAGCGUACGGAAAUCAGCGGUGAGUUGGUUAAAUCAAUGAAAUAACAGUUUUAGACACUUUCUCCUCUGCUCCACAUAAAAGUAUUUCAUAAAAAUGGUCGGGACAGGUUAAUGCCUGUGUUCUGGAUACAAGAAGCAGUUUGUAAGUUUAAUUAUGUCGCUGAUUUGUCUUGCGUAUUAAAACUGCCAGCAGAAGAUGCGACACACAAUAAAGGUUCUCUAAAACCCGAAGUGCACAUUAGCUGCAAUCUGCAUCAAAUCAGACUCUUUAAAGUAAAGUCAAGUUUAUUAAAGUAAAGUUAUUAAACAUAUUCUUAUUCUUAAAGCUCCAACCUUGUUUUUUAAUCUUAUAGAGACACGAUUAUAUCUGAUGUUCAGUGUAAACAAGGGUCCUUAAAUUUGCGCUGACAUCAGCCGCUUAAAUCUUUUGUUCAUGGAUUCCCACAGUUGCAAAUUAGUCCUGUUAAAAUGUUCUGUUCGUACAAAAAUACUCAUAAAUUCUUAAUGCGAAUAAAAGCUAAUUUGCAGAGAUUUUCAUGUCGGAAAAUGACUAAAGUGUUAACAGAUAUGAGCUCCAAAUGUGGCCCCAGGCACAGCUCAGUGAAACACUAAAAGUCUCUUUGGAGUUUCGGUCCCCUCAGACAUUUUUCACACCUUUGAAACAGGUGAAGUCAGAAGAUUAUCCCGUGUGUUUGUUUCGAUAUCUAUCUCUUUAUGGAAACACAAAUCUCCUUUUAUCAAACUCCAUUUUCUAAACUUAUUAGAAAGCCCCGAACAUUUGUAUCAGGGCCGCAGCUUAUCACGGUAUUAUGAGAGUACACUGCGAUGGUGUUUGUUUGGCUAUUUGCAUUAAGCCAUUAGUUAGAGAGGCAGUGCUGAAUAUCAAUGAGGUAAAGACGCCUCAGGGACUCAUCUGUGGCUCCAGCUUAAUGAACUCAGCAGAAUCAUCAUGGUUACUGUCACUUCUUAUGUGUUUGCUUCUGUUUUCCCCACAACUUAAUAUUUUGAUACAAGUGUUUAAUCAAAUGCACUCUCCAAAAUACCUUGCUUCUCACUCCCACUGUUACCCGCAUUCACACUUGUAAGCUGUCACAGUUUUAUCUCCUUCGGCUAUGAUAGACCAGACUCCUCCUGUCUCAUGCUUUGCAAUUCUAUGUCAGUUUCUUUCCAUUUAAUUCUCUCUAAACCCCCCUCUUUCUCUCUUUUCUCUCUCUUCCUGUCUCUGUCUCUUUUGCUGUCUUCCUUUCCUCCUCUUCUCUUUGUUUUCUUCUCUCUCCUCCUGGCGGUGUUUAUCUCCCUCCAGGACUCUCCUCCUCUCGACAGUCGUUGCUGUUACUGUUACACCUGCACCACCCACCGUCCCUCCUUCCUACCGCUGCACUCUGCCAGCUCUGCUGCCCAGGUGCCGCCUCACAUCCUCGUCUCAUCCUGUCCUGUCCUCAGCCUCUCGCACUGCUUUUGUUUUCUGCCUUCCAAGAGUUUUUUUUUUUCCACUCACUGCCUCGAGUAUAAUCACCAACCACCACCAUAAUCCUUCACAUGCUGUUGUCAGUGUUUUACUGCUGUUUCUAUUUCUACUGUAUCUAUACAGGCCAAUUUACCUCCACUUACUUGUAUGGGUGGAUGAGUGCUACGAACAGUGCUUUUGACUUAGGCGCCCUCUAGUGAUCGUUUGGUGGAAACACAAGAAAAUUUUAACCACAGAGAAGUCGAUUCAGAGAUUAUUGUUUUAUUUGUGUUCUGUUGUGAUCAGAGUGAUAGAUCGCUGGAUCGAUGCUUAGUGAUAAUGAAACAAGUGAACUGCGCUUAUACCAAAGCAGAUGUUUCUCCUGUUCAUAACAAGAACUAGAAUAAACAGCAGAAUUUCACAAGAAUUAAAUCAGAAAAAUCCUUCUCAAAACUUUUAGUUUAGUCAAUGAUUUGCCGUUUUGAAGGGGAUACCAACUUUUUGCACAGUUCUCAGGGGUCUGAUGAUUAAAAAAAUCGAUCAGUCUUUAUUUAUAUAGCACUUUUCAUACACAACCAGAAAAAGGAAUAAAAGAAACAAAGAAUACCCAAAUUUACCCCAACCCAACCCCUCAUUCCCACCCCACGAUCUAAAUGCAACAGAAACAGAAUUAAAAUGCAUAAACUUAAAAAGGGCUUGAUUUCGUGGAAACAGGAAUGUGCGCACUGAGGAAACGUCAUUUUCAAACUCAAGAAAAGGAAACACUGGAGAGUAGAAAUAAUCAAUAAAAUGAAAUAAAAACAACACUAAAAGAUACUAAAAUAAGAGCAAUAAAAGACGAUCAUUUCACAGGAUUCUCCAUGUUCCUCAUUUUGCCCCCCAAAAAAAACCCAACUAUGAUUUUAUCACUACUUUAUUCUGAUCACCUGAUGUCAUGACUCUAUUCUCCUUAUAUGAGAAAGUGGUUUUACAACAACUUCAUUCACCUGAGAAAAUUAACCCAAUUUUUAAUUUUAAAAACUGACUGUAAUCCUGAUAUUUUUUGUCUUUAUUGUGGCCUCUAAUAGUCCAUCAUUGUGAAAGUUUUUUAAGAACAGCUCAACACGAUGACCUUCAGCCGCUGAGUCGGUCUCAAUAUCGACAUUUUAGAGAUGAACUUGAUAAAGUUAAAUUAAUGAUUUUUAUCCUUCUGUCUCUCUGUAGUGAAAGUAUGUGUUAUUUGCAAUGCAAGCUUAUGAUACACUAUCUCAUCUAUUUUUAUAAGAGCCUGUGAAACAAAUGUGAGAACCCUCUCAAGAUCCUAGCGUUUAUUUAUUAGCAUAAAUAAUAUUAUAGCGUACAGUGGCUCUGCAUCAGUAUCAGCUAAUGAGUAAUGUGUGAAGCACUAUUAACUGUGAAUAUCCACACUCCACCGUCACAGAUGAAUAUUUCAAUAUUCAUUUAUUUUAAUUAUGAUGUGUAAAGACCCCACUACAGCUGUGGGCAUCAAUAACAUCAGGGAAACGGCAGAAAUCACUCUUCAUAUCAGCAUGAAAAGACAUGAACGUAACGACAUAAAUACUCUUAAAUGAUUGAUUGAUAGAUGAAGUGGAGGUUAAAGUGAAACGUUCUUCACAUCGAGAAUGAAGUUCUGCUUACUCACCCCCUCCUCCCAUAUUUAUCCUAAUGAAUCACAAGUUUGAAAAGAUGAUUAAUUAUUUAAUUCAGCAAAGGUGGCUGAAAAUGAACUGCUGUCAUAGAGGGAGUUUAUCGUUAUGGAACAGCUGAGGGGAGUGUCACUUUAAAGGUGCAGUGUGCGAAAUCUAGUAGCAUUGAUGGAAAAAAAUUGAAUAUUAUUCUCCUGAAUAUGUAUUUAUUAGUGUGUAAUCUUCUGAAUAGAAAAAUUGUCAAAUUAGGACAAGCCUUUUUAUAGAUAUAAGAGUGGGUCCCCAUCUCCAGAGACAACCAUCACGUACCACCAUCUUUCUACUAGGGAAUCGGUUCAAACUUGAAGAAGAAAAUGGUGACGGUGGUUGGUAGGUGUUUUUGAUGGUUAAAAUUUCACAAAUAGAGGGUCAUACUUAUCACGCAUCACACGAGCGUCCUGUCCUGACUGGCCACUAACACUUCCCUGACAAGAGGAGUGAGCAAGGGAGCAUUUUGGUCUAUAAUCUGACAAAGAUCAGGUUUCAACCUCUAAAACAACAUCUGAGUUUUUGACGUUUCAUCUUUUUUUGGCGUUUUGCUUUUAGCUGCUUGAGCUGAAGAUAAAACAGAAGUAGAAGAAAGAGAGCAGGUGUAAUAGGAAACUAAGACUCCUUUUAUUCUUUAUUUCAUCCCACUGUUGAUGCUCAAACUUGAGAUGAAAGUGAUGAUUAAAGAGCUGGAGAUUUGAUUCCCUCUGUUUGUGUUUGCAGGGCGAUCUCGUGGAACAGGAGGGAGAAUCUCAGUCCCAGGGCAGCACCGCAUGGCUGGUGGAUCCAAAGGAAUCCAAGCGCACUAUCAGCACUAAGUACGAGACCACCAUAUUCUGAGUGGACCCCUCUUUCUCCUGACCUUUGACCUCUAGGCCUGGUCUCACCUUCCUAAUCCUCCUCCUCCUCCUCCUCCUUCUGUGUGCCUUUCACUGUGACUCUGCCUCUCUCUGAGCUGGACCCCCUGCCCUCCCCCGGCCUCCCUUCACUUGUGUCCUCAUCUGAGUACAACACAACCUUCGACAGCUUAACCACCUCGUCUUCUUCACGUUUUAUUGACACUCAGUUCAGCUCCUCUUCUUUAUUAACGCUCCUCCAGCCUGCCACUCACUUCUCCACUGUUCCUCACUUCGUUUACCUCUGAAUGCUUCCUGAACUCUCCACACCGUUCUCCCUUUUGUUGUUCCUCUCCUCCGUCAACAUCCCUCUAUUGACUCUUGGUGAUAAGCUCUUCUUUUUUUCUUGGUGCUUUUCCUGCUCUGUUAGGCGACGGCCGCUCUGAGACUUUUCACUCUGAUCUUUCAACUCAUCUAACUUCUCCGUGUGCUGAGAGAAAAUCUGAUUUUCCUGCAGUCAAGAGAGGCCCACCGCUCACAUCCUGUACCUGGAUGGACAUGUUUCCUGAGGAAACUCAGAGUCUGGUUUCUAUCAUUCUGGACGAUAGAAGACUGUUCAGAGGUCAGGGUGUUAUGGGGGUUUUACAGGAUUAACCAAGGGCGAUAUUUUUCACUGUCAGCUCUCUGCUGAAGCCAAAGCAGGCUAUGAUCCUAGCACUGUGAUAAGGUCCUUUUGGAGCUAAUAAAGUAAGCAUUUUAGGGGAUUUUCUUGCAGAUAAGGACCUGCAUGUCAGUGGUCCUGCUGCUCCAGAAAAUAGACCCUUUUGAAGACUUGUAGCCCCCCUCUGUCUAUCAAUCAGAGCAAAAAAAAAUGCUUCCUUUGGAGACAACUAGCUAAAACUAAGCACUUUCAACAAAAACCGGAGUGUGUAAGAGUAAGUGCAGCUUCCUCUGUCCUGUCUCUUUUUUUCUUCUUUUCACAACAAAUGCCUUCUCUCUUCAUCCGUCACCAUUGCCUUUUGUUUCGCCAAUCACACUGGGUUAAUAUUUCACAGCUGCUGGUGAAAAGAGUAAAUCAUUGUACUGUGAGAGGGAAUGAGGAUAUCCAUCACCAUCAUGCUGUUCGUGUCCAUGAGUCUUGUUAUUUUUUCCCUUUAUGUUAACCUCACUGCUUUGUGUGUGUUUGUGUGGUGUGUGUGUGUGUCUCGUGUCCCUUCCUCUAUAGCUGAACACUGUGGCCACUCCCAGCCAGCCAGUCAGAAAAGGACAGGACAAUAUGAGACCUGUUGCAUGGUGGGUAGGAUGUUUUUUUUGACUGGAAAAGUGACCCACUUCCAAAGCAGCAGAUCGCACCGACAGUUGGAUCGUGCUCAUUGCAGUAAAACACAGGACCUGGAGACCUGCAAGGUUUAUCACUUCAUCUGACCUCAAUGCACUCACACACACACACACAAGUCUGCUUAGCUUUUUGUCUGACAGAAAGUUUUGGUUGUCCCAGUCAGAUGUAUUUGUUGCCACUUUAACGCAAAAGGUAUGGGAGCCUAUUAGGGCAAAAAAGCUCCAACAGCUCAAGGAUUUCCACAACAUAAGAUUCAAUUAAGACAGAAACACAUGCACAAGCUCAAAAUUAAUACAACCAUGAGAAAACAGCUUGAAAUGUAAACGUUGAUGUGCUGGCCAGCAUUCUGUUAAUUUACAAAUGGUGCAAAGUUAAAACUAGGAAAAGAAAUGCAACAAAAGAUACGGCAGGACUCUCGGCCUGUAGGGUGAGGCAUGUUGGAUGAAUGAUAAACAUUACACAGAUGAUUUAAAAGCAGGUCAUUUGGCUUUAAGAGGAAGUGGCUGCGUUAGAAACCUCUUUUUGUAUCAAACUAACAGAGACCACACACUGUAGGUACACACUCCUUCCUGUAGCGACACCUUGUAGCAUCUUGUCACGACCAUCAGCCUGUCAUCCACAACAAACACAAAUAACUGUGAUUAAAGGACGUAAUCUUGCACGGGGGGAACUCUCUAACCAAACUCAAAGGGCAGAUGAACUGACACUACAAAGACUGUUUUAUAAUAAUAAUAAUAAUAAUAAUAAUAUAACAGGGGGUGGCUUUUAUUUGAUUUGAAAGUGUACUCUUCUUUUGUAUGUUUUAAUUGUUAUAUAGGACAAUUGUGUGUCCUAAAGCUGGAUCUGGACCAGGUGUGGUCCACUGCAGUUCUCCUUCUUCAUCCCUGCCCCCUUUUGUUUCAUUUAUCCAGGCAAGAUUAAUCACCAAACCUGCCAUGCAGGACGGUACCGUCUUUAGAUUUUAGCUGCAAAACAGAACAAUAAGCAUGUUUCUCCUUCGCUAACUCCCUGUUUGUUGACUGUUAAUGGUACUUUUAUGUUCAUCUAAUGUGUAUAAGGGUACAUAUGAUUUAACUGUUGUGUAUGUGGUACGUUGUCAGGCCAGUUUGAUAACUCUAUGGUACACUGUCUUCAGCUGGCUGCUGUCGGCACCUUCAGCCAUCAGCCGGGGUCCCGUUCUGCUUUUGCACAUUGCUGAGGAUCAGGAGAUGUUAUCGGGACGAAUCUGAUGACGUCAGUGAUGAGAAUGAUAUUGUAAAUGAAUCUAGCGGUCUGUAUUUUGAUACUUGAAUGAUUUUUGCUUUUAUAGAUAUCUAUAUAUAUGUAUAUGUAUGUAUGUACGUAUGUAAUUUUUGACGUUUGUCAAAAGAGAGAAAAGGACUAUGUCUUAUAAAGUUAAACAUAUCGUGAAUAAAUACCCUGUGAUUUAAAAAAAAAAGGCUGAGAUAACAAUGACUCAGAAGAGGGACCUCACUCUAGAAAAAAAGAUUGUAAAUAAUCUUGGGCUUCCAGUCUUUUUUAUGAUUAUUUUUCAUAACUGUACAACUAAUAAAUGGUGCGAAAAAGAAA